CUGUACUUGUGAGUUGCUUCCAAGCCUUUCCUCCACGCCUGCUUUGUAAGUAUAAAUAAAUAUCUUUAUAUUAACAUUAAUGGAUGAUGUGUUUCCCAUGGCAAUAUUCUAAAUAUACUGGUGUGGUUAAUUUGUUAUGAUUUUUUUUUGGUGAAACCAAGCUUCAUUGACAUGUAAAAUAUAUAUAUUUAUAACCAAUUUGUGGAAUCGUCACUUAUUCAAGGCUAAAUUCCAGGGCACGUCUAUACCUCACAACAUCAAAUUUGAUUUCACGUUGAGUCUGCAAGUUCACCAUGGAAGCUGGGGGGGGUGAAUGGACUCCACCCCCAAAAAAAAAAAUCUAGUGGGGUAAUGAAAAGGGUAAGAUGGAGCAGAUUUUAAAUCCAUACGUUUUGCUAUUUAAGAAAGAAAAACAAAACAUGUUAAAGUUGGUUUAGUGUUGGUUAUCGUCGUUACCAUUUAGCUUUAAAAACAAUUAAGUUCAAUAAAAUAAAAAAAAGAGAAAAAUGUAAGUAGAAAAAACUUAAGUGAUUUUUUUUGUGAGAAAUUAUAUAUUUAUAUAUGAAAAAGUGUGGUGUGGUAGCUUAUUUAAGUCCAUAUCCCAUUAUACUAAUAGCUUCCACAAUUAUAGUUAUUUUGCCAAUAGAAAACUGCAUGAUUAAACGUAUGCUAUUAAGGGGGCAUGUGUUUGAAGGUUUGCCCCAUUCCAACACCUAUUUUAGUGGUCACCUAAAAGAGUCCACUCCUGGCCACACAGAUCUGUAAAGUGUGAAUUAUCAGGUAUUUAACCCCUUCAGGACCAAACUUCUGGAAUAAAGGGGAAUCAUGACAUGUCACACAUGCCAUGUGUCCUUAAGGGGUUAAAGUGAAUUCAAAAUCAAUUUUCACAUUUUAGGAUACAAUAGAUAAACUGGAAACAUUCCUCAUGUGUUGAUUACAGUUCCUCUGGCCUGAAUUCACUCUGAAAGUUACUUACUAAAGUGUGAACUGUAAUGAAUUCAAAGUUCAUUUCUAAAUUUAGGCUUAAACAGCUGAACUGGAAACAUUCAAUUUGCUAGUUUAGCCCAUAAUUUGAAAUGAAUUUUUAAUCCCAGACGAGUCACACUUUAGAGAAUAGCCCAGUACCGAGUGAUCUUUUAUUCCAAGUUUCAGUCCCAUAAGUAGACCCAAAGGGAUUUUGGAAUAUCUAUUCUUUGACGUGGCCCAACCAUGACAAUAUAUGGCCCUUUCUACAGAGCCAGCUUGGAGCAUCCCAGGUAUCUCCCCAGCCAGGCUAAUAAACCAUAGAUGUAUACAAACCAGCACACGCAGCAAGAUGUACUAUAGCUCACUCACACUGGAGCGGCAUUGUUGGAGGAAGAAACAGUGGCCAGGGAAGGGGCAUUGGCCUAAACCAUUUUCUUACCCCAGUCUGGCCCUUCUAACAUUGAGUGCCUAUUGAUAUGUCAGAAGAAGCAUUUUUGAGAGCUCAUACUAAUAGUCCCCUAUAGCACAUGCCAAGCCUUGCUUCUAAGAAUACAAGUGCAAUAGACAUGCCAUUGCCUAUUGCAUCACAACACUGUAAAACAGAACAUUACGAUUUAAACAAAAAUAGAUAGGAUUAUAAAAUGGAAUAAUAUUUGUCAACUUGAUCAUUGACACUUUUGCCGGACUCUACUCCCUUAGUUCUACCUGUAGUUGGAAUAUUUUGUUUGUUGGUACUAUAAAGCGCCAAACAAACUGAUCUUUAUUUAGCCUCUGCAAACAAAGCAGUUGGGAUUAUUAUGUACAAGUAGAUAAUCCCAUCUCUUCAGCAUUACAGAAUAUUGUUUUCAAACCAUUGGCUGCUGUGGGAGUAUGGUUGUGGUGGAGCCUUAUUCUCUAUUUUUUUUUGACAGCUAAAUUUAAUCACCCAGGAUGUGUGAUCAGACAUUCCUUGCCAUCCUGUUUGGACCAUGUGCCAAAUGCAAAAGAGAGAAACCGCUGAGGACCGUUUAUAUCAAAGCCGAACCACUGACCCUCUGCUCGCUAUGUGUGGAACUGGUAAAGUAAUAUUUUGAGUUUAGUAGAAUUGUAAAAAAAAAUGUCACGUCUUCACUUGUAGCUCAACAAAAGUUGUUGUGAAAUUAUUUUUCUUUCUUCAUAUUUUAAGUUACAUACUUUGCCGACCAAGGCCAGGAAAUUAUGUAAAUUAGUUAACACUUACAUGCACGCAUAAGUCAUUUCUCUGGUAGAUACCGUAGCACCCUGGGUUCGAGGCAUCAUGGGGCAAUGAUGCCCCAAAAACAGGGACAUGCAGCAGAGGUAAGUAAGCUUUUUACUUACCUCCACUGCUCUGUUGACUACAGUGAAUGUCUGUCAUAGCCUUUACUGGAGUGAAGGAACAAAGAAAUGUCACAGAAAGAGACAUUUCUACUUUAAAGAGUGAUCUUUGGUAAGGUGAACACUUAAUUUGCAAGGAUUUAGAUCAAACAGUAGUAUUGGGAAUACAGAUGAAUUGGAAAAUUUGUAUAACUAUAAUGGACCAAAUGUUUCACAUUUUGUUUUAAGCUCAUCCCUAAUUCACUGUUUAGCAAAUACCAAUGCGGACAGAGCAAAUCAGUAAAGUUUGAAUUUUCAUGGAUGAAAAGUGAAUUUCAAAUUUUAGGUUUUGCUAAAAAUGGAAAUUCACUUUGAAUUAAGUUUAUAACUUACCAUAGUUUUGUCUUCUCUGUAACCUUUUGAGAACCAGAUCAGCCAGUUAUUAAAUUAUACUAACACGAAUACAAAAUACAAAUAAUUAACCAAAGACAGAAAAAGAAAUCAACUAGCAUCAAGGACAUAAUGGGCUAUUUACUAAACUCUUAAAUGUAACAGCAUAAAAUCUGGAUGCUAAAACUGAGUUUAAAAAAAAAGCUGAUCUGGAAAAAUUCUCAAUUUUAGUCACGACGUGAUGAUUUUAGCCUCAGUUCUGCCAAUCAAAUUUUAAUUUGCUAUGACUUUACGUUUAGUGAAUAAAUUUCAUCAACGGGCAACAUGAUAGAAAAGUCAAGUAAGAAUCAUUUUUUAAAAAUGAAGGGGGAAGAGAUAAGAGCUGGAGCACAUCUGGUGAAAGAGAGGGCUGUUUAAAACAGAUGUCCAACCAAAGAGGCUGUGUCGUCACAGCUACUUUAAAACAUUUACCGUCCGUAUGAUCCACCAGAUCAUGGUAAGGCAACUUUCGGCACUCCAGAUGUUGUUGGACUACAUCCCCCUCAUGCUUUGCCAGCAUUAUGACUGUAAGAGCAUUAUGACAGAUGAAGUCCACAACAUCUGGAGGGCCGAUGGUUGCCUACUCCUGCACUAGAAACCUUAAUUCCUCAACCCCUUAAAAGGCUUAUUUAAUUAAAUUAAUAAAUUACACAUUAGUUAGGCGUAGCUGUUAUUAACAUUCACAGUAACGCAGUGCUUAUCUGGAGAUAUACAUUGAAAAACUCAACAUUGUAACCGUGUUGGGAACAGACUAGAGAUAAGUUAGAUCGGAUGUUCAUUACUGAUAUACAAGCUUUAACAAUGCCAGCUGUGGAUAUAAUUAGCAUCCUUUAGUAAAUAGUCUCUUUAACUGGAAUAGUAAUUAAAAGGAAAAUGACAUCACAAACUAAACAAAGUGUUAUUUAGAAAGGGACUAGUUGAUUUAAACUGAAUCUGGCAUCCUCAAAUGACAUGGUUACAAGUUAUGAUUCAGAUAAGUAUCUGAUGUGCUGUACAGAUAGCUUGCGUCUCUGUAGGUAAAAUCACAUUCUUACCUGAAGUUUCUUUAUUCACAGGUGUGUGGGUUAAUAUCCUAUAAUGCAAUGAGCCCAAGCACAUGCAGUACGUGACAUGAUUGCAAACAGUACUUCCUUAGACAACAUGUCAGGGGUAUUGCUGGCAAUGUGUGUAGGCCAAAGGAGAUAGUUAUUGAAAGACACCUUGAGACAACUGAGUUGUUAGGUCGGCUAAGUUGGAAAUAGUCAGGGAAUUGUAGUAAGGCGUCAGGGAUAUGGUAGAUGACAGCAAUGUGGGAAGAAAGGGGGUUAUAAAGGUGGAUGGACUGAGCCUCGGGACAGUUCAGUGCUUGUGGUACCAGGAGUGCCCCAACUUCCCCUCCCCAGUGCAAAUCUUGUAUACCAAUUUGUAAAUAUUGUAUACCAAUUUGUAAAUCUUGUAUACCAAUUUGACUACUUACCUGGGUUCUGCUGGUUGUCACUUACAACAAAAAGCUUCUGGCUCUCUGUCUAGCCCAUUAGAGCUCUGCAGUACUAGCUCCGCUAAUAAGAGCUAAGAGCUUCCAGCUCUCCAUGUGAAGUAGUGGAGCACACCGCAGUGGUUAUGGUAAUGGUUAUAGUGUUCUUUUACAUUGUGGCCAUGCUGGGAAGGCUUAUUAUAAUAUCUCUAAUUCAAACCACAGUGUGUUCAUACUUUAUAUUGCACCAAACAGCUGGUGUAGGUUGUGACAGAUGUAAACAGAGAACAUUGUGUUCCUAUGUAUCUAUAUGGAAAAUCAACUUUAAAUUGUAUCCUUAACAAUGGAACAUCUGCUGGAUUUAUGUAGUUACUUUUUAUGUCAGUGGCAGUUAUGUUGCAUGAGUGCAUUGUCUGGAUGAUAGGUAGCCAAAAGGCAGACCCCAACUACAAGCCCCAUGAUGUUUCGCUUUAGGGCAUGCAAGACAUCAUGGGAGUAGAAUGUUAUGUGAUAUGUUCAUGUAGAACAAAACAUUAGCAUAUUAACAGAGACAUUAGGCCUAUCCACUAUGCUAAAAGUUUUUACAUUUCACCUAGGCCUGCCUUUAUGCUAUGUAUCAAUUAUUUUACAGAUUCAUAAAUAUUCUGAAGUGGAAAAAUCAAUUAAAGUAUUGAUUAUUUCUUUGUGUAUCUGCCCCUGGCCAAAUCAAUGAAACUAUGCGUGCACGCUCCCUGAAGUAAUUCACACCAGACACAGGUUCCAGGUUGUUGAAUAACUUGAGGAAAGUUUAUUCAGAGGGGACGGCAAGUCCCUUUUAAAGCAAAAUUACAUCAUAAGCAUUGUCAGAGAUAACAUGGAAUAAUACAUCAAUUAUUGGUUAGGUGUUAAGUGGUUGCUUCAAUGCUCUGCCUACUGUAGGUGAUGUCACCGGGGCCAUGAGGGUCUCCCACGGUUUACCGGCGCCAUCUUGGUGCACGAGGUAGUUAGUCGAUGUUAGGAAGGAGAAAGGGAGGGGAGGGGGAAGGAGCUAGAAGCUUCCAGCAGCCAUCUUAAUUAUAACGUGUGUGUGCUUAGCUAUAUAUGUAUAUAUCGUGAAAUGAGUAAAUAGACAUUUUUCACUAACUAGGAAAUAUGUGUAGACCUUAUUUCCACAACAGUCCCCCCUAAAAUGGCUAUUUACCAUAACAACUGCUACUGUCCCUAAUAUGUCCCUAGUUGCCUGCAACCUAUCUGCCUUAACUAGCAUCGAACACUUCACUCCGCGGGUAACCCGCAGUGGCUAGUCCACUACAUCUCCACACGUGAGACUUGCCAGUUAAGACAGACGCUUUCCCUACACUAUCCCUACAGGAAAGCAGUUGUCUGUUUGAACUGAUGUGAUUGAAGGGGUGUAUGUGGAGUAUCAUCUUCGAGGUCUGUGAUGUCUUGGUGUAUGAAAGUAGGGGUCACGUCAUCUAUAGUCUUGUCUACCGCUUUCUGUAGAUACUUCUGUAUGCAGGGGAAUAUGCAACAGGUCAGAAAUAAGAAAACGACGAUCAUUAUGAGAACAGCUGUCCCCACCUGGAAGAGGGUCCUUUGCCAACCAUUCAUCCAUCCAAACCAUCUGUCCCAAGUGUCAAUGACUCCUGAAUUUUUCUUUAGCUCGUCUGCAAGACUAUCUAGCUUCUCUAUGGCCAUAGUCACCUUACCAUUGGGCCCAGUGUUGUCUGGAAUGUAUGUGCAGCAUGUCAUGGUCUCAGGGAGGAUUUUACAUACACCCCCUUUCUCAGCUAAAAUCAUAUCUAGGGCCAUUCUGUUCUGAAAUGUCAUUUGGGUAGUGGCUUGUAAUUGCUCUGCCAGGCCCUGUAGGGCAUCCCUAGUGUAGUUGACAAAACGCUGUUGAUUAUAGUAAAUGUAGUUAAUCCAAUUGACAUUUUUGUUAGCAGUUAUCAUUGGAAUUAGGGACUCAAAUCCUGCUGCCACUUCAUCUCUUGCUUUGAAUUCGUUAGGCACCCCCCUUGGCACACCUAUGGCAUCAAUAUACACAUGGGGGUCGAAACUCCCUCGAAUAGGAGUCUCUCGUUUGGUUCUAGAAUGUACAUGUGUGAGGUUUAACGUGUUAUGGUCACCAUCUGGAAUGAUAUGGAUAGGCAUUAUGACUUUAGUUAGGGCACACUCCCCCCACCAUUGCCCAGUUAAUUGGGACCUCAAUUGUUUAUCCCCACAUAACCAAUAGAUAUCACCGAUUGUCUUUGUGUGGUUCAUUAGCAGUGAUACAGGUGGAUUAUGGUAAGUUGAGCAAUAUCCUGAUGGGAAUUUGCCCAGAUACAAACCGGUGUUUUUAGAUAUUGUAUAACAUGUGUAAUUACCUGGGUAGAUGGUGACUCCAUCAGGUGGUUUUACAUGUCCGUGAGUGAUCGGGUAAAUUCUCUUCCACUAUUCACAUGUCGAGGAGUUGGUGACGGACUGUGUGUAAAGGCUCAGAACACAUGAUUCUACUUCAGGGGGCAAAUUCAGAGGAACUGUUCCCAGAUGGGGCCUGGCUCCUCCACACACGUAACAAUUGGUCUUAUUGUGUGAGUUGGCAUUAUACCUCAUCCAUUCUAGCCACAAAUUAGUGUCUGAAAAACCAGUUUCCACUGCCAUAGUGUCUUCAAAGGUGGGGUUGGCUAUAGCUACCAUGUCAUGUAGUGUCUUAAUAUGUGGUUUUAAUGGGUUGACGAUCAUGUGAGUGGUCCCUACCCAGUCUGGGGAGGUGAGCAUGUCUUGUAGGUAGAAUGUCCCCAGUGCAUUGUGUGAGCCACCUCCCUUCCAGUACAUCCCCAUCACAUAUUCCCCCGCGUCCCUUGGACUAGGGUGUUCUAUAUUCAGGGUAAGUUUAAUGGGAGUUGACCCUGUGGGUUUACUCAGAGUCAUUCUAGAAAGUAGGGGCUUCCCGUCUUUGUCAAGUCUGUCUAGUGCAACCUGAGGUCUGUAGCCCCAUGGUCUACCUGUAUUCCACCCGGCAGCUUUCCAUGAACUACAGUGGUGUCCCCAAGCUCCUCCAGUCACACAAAUGUAUGGGUCCUUUUUGUUAGGUAUGUCUUUGUAUAUGGCUGCAUGUUGUGUCUGUGGGAAUGUGCAGGUAACUAUGUCACAGUAAUCAAAGGUGUAUGUAGCUACAUCAGUAUCAGAAGAAUUGUACCAGAAAGUGUAAACAUGAUUAUCUUUGGUUAUGGCCACUUGUUGGGCCCAGGCAAAAUGCAACAAUAUAAGAAAACACAAGACACAUAAUAAAUUCAUGUUUCAACAAGAUCAGCUUCUUCCGGAGCAGGCACUUUUUUGCAAUGUGAAGCGUGUAUCCAGGAACUUUUUCCAGCUAGUUUAACUGAUGUUGCUGUAAUCAGGAGCACUUGAUAAGGACCAUCAAAUCUCGGUUCUAGGGUGUGUUUCCUGAGGAACUUCUUAACCAUAACCCAGUCACCCGGAAGCAGCUUGUGUGUACCUGUAUUCGACUCAGGAUCUGGAAUAGAAGAAAACACUUGGGCAUGUAUCUUGGUCAAGGCAUGUGAAAGGGCAGUCACAUAGUCUACCAUAGCGUCUGACUGAAUCUGAAGCUGUUGGGGAAAGUAGCAACCUAACCUGGGUGCUGUACCAAACAAAAUCUCAUAAGGUGACAAACUGUAUUUUCCUCUGGGAGUGUACCUUACACUGAAUAACGCUAGUGGGAGACUCUCGGGCCAGGGCAUGUUAGUUUCUUGUGACAUUUUGAGCAUUCUGGCUUUCAAAGUGCCAUUCAUGCGCUCUACCUUACCACUACUCUGUGGGUGAUAUGGUGUGUGGAAUGCAAGGGUCACCCCCAGUGCUGACCAGACUUCCCGUGUUAGCGAGGCAGUGAAGGAGGUCCCUUGGUCACUUUCAAUUACUUCUGGAACCCCGUAGCGGCAAACAAUUUCUGUCAAAAGGUACUUGGCUGUAGUCCUCGCGGUGAGAUUAGUCACUGGGAAGGCCUCUGGCCAUCCUGAAAACAUGUCCACUAUAACCAGUGCAUAUUCAUGACGUCCGCUCUUUGGCAUUUGAAUGUGGUCAAUCUGAAUCCUCUGGAAGGGGUAAUGUGGCUUGGCUAGAUGAUUAGGUGCAGUCUUUAUGACCUUUCCAGGAUUGCACUUAGCACAUAUAGUACAAGAUUUGCAAUAAUUCUGUGUUAAGGUAGUGAUGCCUGGUGCUUCAAAAUACUUGUCAAUCAGUGAGUUCAUCAGGAGCUUUGACAGGUGUGCUGGCCCAUGGGCCCAUUGGACCACCGCUGGGUACAUACUUCUAGGUAGGCAGAACUUGAGAUUAAUGGUGUAAACUUCAUCACGGAGUAUUGCUCCUUUGUUCUUCCAACUUUGUUUCUCCUGAGAAGUGGCGGCAGCUUGUUGUUCCUUCAGCAGCCUGAGAUCUGUAGGCAAUGUUUGCAUAGUGUAAAUGGGUAAUGUAUCUGUGGCCACUCUUCUGUCCACUUCCCAUCCUUGUCGUGCUGCCUCUUUGGCUGCCUGAUCAGCUAGGUUGUUGCCACGUGCUUCUUCUGUGUCUAAUCUUCCAUGAGCUUUUACUUUCAAUACUGCCACUUCUGCUGGGAGUUCCAAUGCGUCCAUCAGUUCUGCAAUGGCUGCCCCAUGUUUUACUGGGGUACCGGUGGCUGUAAGAAAUCCUCUGGUCUUCCAGAUUAAGCCAAAAUCGUGUGCCACUCCCAGGGCAUAUCUUGAAUCCGUAUAAAUGUUGACACGUAGGCCUUCGGACAGUUUGCAGGCCACAGUCAAGGCUGUUAACUCGGCCUCUUGGGCAGACUUAGUUGGUUGUAGGGCAGCUGCUUGUAAUAUUUGACAUCCUGUGGUGACUGCAUAUCCAGUGUGGUAUUGUCCUUGUUCAUCAGCAAACCUUGAGCCAUCCACAAAUAGUGUUUGAUCCGGGUUGAGUAAUGCAGCUUCAUAAACAGUUGGUAGGUGUGUAGUUUCCAUUUUCAUUUGUUCAAAACAGUCAUGGGGAAUAUCGAUGAGGUUGCAGUCUAUGGUGGGUGGGUCCUCACAGGCCUCUGUGUGGUACCUGGAGUAUCCUGUUGUGCAGUAGUUAAUGGUCUUUUUAUUUAUUCCCGUAGAAGUCAGUUGUUCUUGAGUCAUUUGGUUCCAAGUUUUGGCCAUCGGGCCUAGGUUCUCCCAUAAGGUGUUGUGGGAUUCGGUGAGAGAUAUGUGUGGGAUAGCUGUUUCCCAAUGGUGGUAGAAGUGUGCUACAUUAUCUGGAAGGUGAACCAAAAUGAGCAUGGUACCUGUAGAGUCCCAAAAUAAGUCAGUCAGGGUAAUUUGAAUUUCUUUGAGCUGAAAUAGUUCUUCCUCAUAGUUCACAUCAGGACUUGGUUCGUCCCUAAACCACAAGACACAGUGGAGUGGGGCCUCUGAUUGUUCAUCAGGGGGAGGUGUGAACACGGGCAACUGUAAAUCUGCUCGAACAUCUGGGUUGAUAUCCAGGCUGUACCAGUGAUGCACAAUUCCCCCCUUGGGAAGUGGCAGAAGAGUGGCUGGGUUCAGGGAAAGGCAUCUCUGGAGUUUCACAUUAUCAGGUAGGAGUAAGGAUGUCUGUAGGCGAAGGUGACGUUGGGAAGAAAGGUGUUUAGGUCGAACUUGCUGUAGGAUUGCAGUAAUGUCGUGAGGGGCCAGCACUGUGAGGUGAUGGCCAAGAACAAAGCCAUUGGUCUUGUCCAGGAGAGCGCUGGCGGCAAACACCGCUCGGAGGCAAGAGGGGCUUCCCCUUGCAACAGGGUCAAGCAUGCAGGAAAAAUAGCCAAUAGGGCGUUGUCUAGAUCCAUGUUUCUGGGUGAGGACUCCGGAAGCAUGUCCUGAUUUUUCUGAGACAAACAGGUGGAAGGGAAGUCGGUAGUUGGGCAGGCCCAAGGCAGGUGCAGAAGCAAUAGCUCUUUUCAGAGUAUGGAAACAGGUGAUAGUUUCUUCUGUAAGAUGAAAGGGCUCACUCCUGAGGGCAUCAUAGAGUGGCUGCAUGAGCUUUGAUGCUUCAGGUAUCCAGGGCCUGCAAUACGUGAUAAGGCCCAGAAAAGCAUGGAGAGCCUGGUGAUUAGCAGGUAGUGGAAGAUGCAGAAUGGCUUGUACACGUUGGGAGGUUAGAUGUUUGGUGCCAUGGGAAAGGCAGUGUCCCAAGAAGACCACAGAGGGCCGGCACCAUUGUAACUUGGAUUUUGAGGCUUUGCAUCCAGCUGCAGCAAGGAAACAUAGGAGAUCUUCUGAAUCACGCUCUGCAAUGGGCAAAUCAGGAGCACAGAGAAGGAGAUCAUCAACAUAUUGAAGCAGGACGACAUCCAAAUGAGAUUUCUGCCAAGGAUCCAGUACCAGUGACAUGGCGUGAGCAAACUGUGUGGGGGAAUUCUGAGCCCCCUGAGGCAUGACAGUCCAGGUGUAUUGCUGUCCUUCAUGGGUGAAGGCAAAGAGAAACCGACAGGAAGGGUCAAGGGGGACACUGAAGAAGGCAUUAGCUAGAUCCACCACGGUGAAUAUUGUUGAAGUUGAUGGGACUUGGGAUAAGAGGGUGUGGGGGUUAGGAACAAUUGCAGUGUCUUUGAUGGUCACAUCAUUCACAGCACGGAGAUCUUGCACCAUGCGGUACUGGUCAGGUUGACCUUUAACAGUUCUCUUUUUAACAGGAAACAGCGGAGUAUUACAUGGAGAUGAACACUUGAUGAGGGCACCUUUGGCAAGGAGACUUUCAACUUGUCUGGUAAUGGCUUCAGCUUGUGCAGGCUUCAGAGGAUACUGUGGCCUGCGAGGAGGCAGUGCCCCAGGCAGGAGCUGAACUAAGACCGGGGGCACAUGUAAACGACCAAUAUCAUCCGGGCCAGUGGACCAAAGUUCUUGAGGGAUACGAUCCAGAGCACUGGGGGUUUGUGGGACCCGUGCAUCCCCUGUAUUGUCAGUUAGGUUUAACAAAAUAGGGAGUGAACAGAGGACAGAGGUAUCCUUUUGUGAUAAGGGAGUUGUCAAUUCAAUCUGCCCAUCUGCAGUGAAGGUAAUGGAGGCCUGGAGCCGAGAGAGAACAUCGGCACCUAGGAGGUUAAUGGGGCAGGUAGAGGAAACAACAAAGCGUGAGAGGAUGUGGGAACCUACGUGUAGAAGCUUAGUAAGGGGGUUGCUGCGUGGGGUACCAUCCACCCCAACACAGGAAACAUCAGUGUCAGACAAGAAAGAAGGGUCAGGCAGGUCUUGUUCCCUAAGGACACUACGGGCUGCACCUGUGUCAACUAAGAAAGUGGUGGGGUGGCCCUCCACAGGGAGAACUACAGUAGCUAGAGGGCCUCCCCCAUCCCCCGCAGACACUGCCAUGGCAGGGGUUGCUGACACAGGCUUGCCGGUUACCUAUUGUAAUAAAUCUAAAUGGGCCUGGUCUGGUCCCUGGUACCGGCGGGAAGUAGAAGGGGGGUUAGCAGAAUGCAUGGGGGGACGAGAUGGGCGGAGGGUAUGACGGGGCUGGCCGUCUUGGAAAUCAUCAUUAUCAAACCCUUCUGCAGAGGGUGAAGGAUAUGCACGAGCUUCUGAUACAGGGAGCCGAGCUUGAGAGUAUUCAGGAGGAGGAGGAGGAGGAGGAGGAGGGGGAGGAGGGGGAAGCUGAGGCAACUGUGGAUGGGGAAGGGCGGGAAGGUAACCAGGGGAAGGGUAGUUGUAGCCAGUGACAUGGGGACCUUGGUACCGGGGAGUUGGCUGGCGGAACACUCUAGGCUGUGGGCAAUCUCUUCUAAAGUGGCCUGGCUGAUUACAAUUAAAACAGGUCCGGAUUGUCAUAAUGGUCCGGUCCCGGGGGAAAGGGAUUGGUGCAGGCAGUGUCUGGGGUGAUUGGGUGUACUGUUGGGGGUACACCUGAGGAACUUGAUUAGAACUAGCGAUAGGUGUGGAGGUGGUGUACAUCAGUGGGCUAGCCCUGCGCUGUGUGGGUUGUAAAACAGAUUCUAAGCCCUUGGCUACCAACAAAAGGGUGUCUAGUGGAAUAAUUCUAUACUCAGGGCGAGCUAAAAUCAACCCCUUACGAAUAUGUUCUCUCAAUCCUGCCACAAAAGCUGCAGAGAGCAGCUGGGUGUGUGCCUUGUUGUAAGUGCUGAACCCUAAGUCCGAGAAUGUCUGAGUCAACCUAGAGUGGUACUUCUCAACGGUCUCAAGUUUGUCCUGUAUUAUGUCAUUAAUGCAAGUAGCCUGGUCAGCUAGUUUAUCCUGCGCCCAGGCGCGAAGUUGUUCACAGAAAGUUUCACCAGAACGGUAAUCAGUAUCAGAAGUAAGUGGAGCAUCACUAAAGCUCCGUUCCAUGAUUGGCCAGUAUGCAUCUCCAGCCUUAAUUUCACAUAAACUAAUAAGAUCCCGCCAUGCAGCGGAAUAUGUCUUGCGGAUCUGAGCCAUCCUGCGGAAAAAGGGCAUGGGGUGUUUCUCAGGAUCAGGGAGUGAGGUUACAAGGGUAGCGGCUUGGGAAGGGUUAAAAGUAACGUACAUAGGUGGUGCACCAUCCGCACCAUGACUGAUCUGAGUAUACCCCUGGGGAAUCGAGUGCCGUUGGGGAAGCCUUUCCCCCCCCAGAUGGGGUGGGCUCUGGUCCACCACAACGACCUCCUCGGGCACUAUUGGACCACGGUGAAGAGUAGCCUCAGGGGUAGCUGUAGCGGGGGCAACUGGGAAGGGGGUGAUAGGAGAGGUAAUUGGGUGGAAACCCGAGGCUUGGGGGGAGGCACCCAUCGCAUAGGGCUGGUCCGAAGUCGCAGACACCUCGGACCCAACCACCAUGAUUGGGUAACUGGUGCUGGCGGAAGGGGCACGGGGAACUAAAGCCGUGGAAGGGGCCAUCAUGGGGGACGGCGGGGCUGGCCGUGAGAGGUGGGUGUUUAGGACAUGUGCAAGAGCAGAGAUUGGAUCGGAAGGCUCGAGGAGAUUAACGGGAGACAAGGGAGGGGUUGAAGGCUCGGGGGGAGGAGGAGGAGGAGGAGGUAUAUCGAUGGGAGGCAAUGCUGGGAUCGCGGAGUUAACCAGGGAAGUGACUGCAGUGAAAAGGGCGGAUAUUGAAGUAGACAGGUCAUUGGACAUAGGUGCGUCAAGGGUUGCCGGGGAAGGGGUUGGAGGGAUAGGAACAAGGGGCUGUGGCAGAGCAACUUGGGCGGAGAGUUGGGACGGCAAAUCGGCCGUGGGAGGGAGGGACAACGAGGUAGAGGGGGCUGGGACUUCGGGAGGAGGAGGUAACACUGGAGGAGAGGUGGUAACAGGGGGCUGGGUCAGGGCGGUGAGGGCAGAGAUUAGGGACGGCAAAUCGGCCGUGGGAGGGAGGGAUAACGAGGUAGAGGGGGCUGGGACUUCGGGAGGAGGAGGUAACACUGGAGGAGAGGUGGUAACAGGGGGCUGGGUCAGGGCGGUGAGGGCAGAGAUUAGGGACGGCAAAUCGGCCGUGGGAAGGAGGGAUAACGAGGUAGAGGGGGCUGGGACUUCGGGAGGAGGAGGUAACACUGGAGGAGAGGUGGUAACAGGGGCUGGGUCAGGGCGGUGAGGGCAGAGAUUAGGGACGGCAAAUCGGCCGUGGGAAGGAGGGGUCCUGGGUCAGCGGGGAGACAGAGAUCCGGAGGAAUAGGGCCGGUAGAAAGGGUAUGGGGUAGGGGAGUUGGAUGUGUGAUAGACGGAGAGGAUGAGGGAACGGAAGCUACUAAGGAAGGGGUACUCGGGGUUGAGAGGGAAGCGGAGGAGGAAGGUGGGACUUCAAUGGGUGAGGUGAGGGAAGCCAUGGUAAGGUCCGGAGUGGGGACGGUCACUGGGAGAGGUAACGAAGGACAUGAAGGCGGAGGGGCUUCGGCAGGCAUGGCAGAAGGAUGGUUAACGGAGGGGGUUGGGUCAUAGGAAGGUUGAGGCAUGGGAGUAGGAGGGAACGAGUGAAGUGGCACUGGAUAAUAGUAAGCACCAUCCGCACCGAGUACGGGGCACAGGGGAGUGGGAGCUGAAGACACACCCCCAGAGGGUGGGGUCUGUGUCGUGACGGGAGAAGCAGGGCGGGAAUUAAGUGUUGCGCUCCGGGCGCCAUCAUAGGGCGGUGGUCGUGGAACAAUAGAAACAUCAUCAUUAUGAACACUCCUGUGAUAAACAUACACAAUAUGCCCCUGAAACUCUAGUUCUUCCUCGACCCAUCCUUCCCGUUUCAAACCUCUAGCCACCCGGUACCAAGCCUCUGCAACUUUCGUAAGUCCAUUAUCCAACAACAACCCUUCCUUGUCUAUGAGUAGCUUCCUCCAAAACUCAGGUUGUAAUCUCCCACUGGGCAACAUCUGGAAACCACACACCUUAGCAAUCUUUUUAAGUUUCAACAUUGCAUCUUCCCCUGCCCUUUCUUUCACAAUGUCACAAGCUAGCAAGCCCUUAGCAGGUCUAGCGUGUUCCUGUCCCAUUUUUGAGUAAUCAAAGCGUGCCACACAUGGAAGACAAAGAAGUAUAGUAAGUACAAGGGAAAAAGAAUGUCUACAGUGCUCGACUGCCACGAGAACUUGAGCCCCGUGCGUCUUCCCCAAACGUAGACCAGUCACGGAGAUCCGCCCACCCGGGGUGGUGGUCACGGACGGGAGCGAAUGAGCGUGGGUGACUAACACAGCUCUGGGCAACAGGCACAGGAGAGAUAAAGAACAAAGGAGAAGGUGAACGUGGCUGCGCUAAUGAGAAGACAUUUGCAAAAAUCACAAACAUACAAAUGAGCGUAAACUCCGGAAUCCAGAACUAACCACACGACACACACACACACACCAAGGGUACCCACACUGUAACAACAAUUAAACAGAAACCACAGAAUGAUAGAGAGCAAAAUAGCCAUGUACAUGUUAACACCACCGGUGUCAGAUAUUCAGGGUAUAACAAUCCCCAGCCUUCACCCACCAGGCUGGUCCCGGCAAAACACUGGUACCAAAGGAAAUACUGCAAUAAUCAAACAAAAAUCCCAGCCCCACCGGCUGCAAUGCGUUCCCUGCCCGCUAGGCAGUCAAGCUAACAUAAAAACCCAGCCCCACCGGCUGAAAUGCGUUCCCUGCCCGCUAGGCAGUCAAGCUAACAUAAAAACCCAGCCCCACCGGCUGAAAUGCGUUCCCUGCCCGCUAGGCAGUCAAGCAAACAUAAAAACCCAGCCCCACCGGCUGAAAUGCGUUCCCUGCCCGCUAGGCAGUCAAGCAAACAUAUAAAAUGCGUUCCCUGCCCGCUAGGCAGUCAAGCAAACAUAUAAAAUGCGUUCCCUGCCCGCUAGGCAGUCAAGCAAACAUAUAAAAUGCGUUCCCUGCCCGCUAGGCAGUCAAGCAAACAUAUAAAAUGCGUUCCCUGCCCGCUAGGCAGUCAAGCAAACAUAUAAAAUGCGUUCCCUGCCCGCUAGGCAGUCAAGCAAACAUAUAAAAUGCGUUCCCUGCCCGCUAGGCAGUCAAGCAAACAUAUAAAAUGCGUUCCCUGCCCGCUAGGCAGUCAAGCAAACAUAUAAAAUGCGUUCCCUGCCCGCUAGGCAGUCAAGCAAACAUAUUUUAAAGGUAUAAUAAACACACACACAUAAAUGAAUACAGGAGGCAGAUAGACAAUCGACAGGUUCACUUAAAAAGGGCGCACCGGAUGAGUUAAUUACCUGUCUCUAGUAGCCUUCUGGAAGCCGGAAGUGGACUCGGAGACAGACCGGCACAAAACAGGAGAAUAACACAGGCAACAGCUGUAUUAUGGAGGUGAUCAGGCUCCGCUUGUCCCACUUUCCGGAGGUCCGCUCCGGUCCGUUGGUUCCGGCCCUCCGAACCGGCUCUCCGGUGGGCCCCACGUUGGGCGCCAAUUGAAGUGGAAAAAUCAAUUAAAGUAUUGAUUAUUUCUUUGUGUAUCUGCCCCUGGCCAAAUCAAUGAAACUAUGCGUGCACGCUCCCUGAAGUAAUUCACACCAGACACAGGUUCUAGGUUGUUGAAUAACUUGAGGAAAGUUUAUUCAGAGGGGACGGCAAGUCCCUUUUAAAGCAAAAUUACAUCAUAAGCAUUGUCAGAGAUAACAUGGAAUAAUACAUCAAUUAUUGGUUAGGUGUUAAGUGGUUGCUUCAAUGCUCUGCCUACUGUAGGUGAUGUCAGCGGGGCCAUGAGGGUCUCCCACGGUUUACCGGCGCCAUCUUGAUGCACGAGGUAGUUAGUCGAUGUUAGGAAGGAGAAAGGGAGGGGAGGGGGAAGGAGCUAGAAGCUUCCAGCAGCCAUCUUAAUUAUAACGUGUGUGUGCUUAGCUAUAUAUGUAUAUAUCGUGAAAUGAGUAAAUAGACAUUUUUCACUAACUAGGAAAUAUGUGUAGACCUUAUUUCCACAACAUAUUCAAUAUGUGCUCUUUCCGAUUCAUGAUUUGUCAACUGGGGAACAAAAUCCAGGACAAGACCUCUAAAACAUAUAUUCUAUAUAACAUGCAAAGCACAAAUAAAAAAGUAAUACAUUUAAUUUUCACUUAGCGGUACACUGUAAUAACUCCCAACACUCCUGCAUUUGGCAGGCCAGUUUCAAAUUCACAGUUGUUUUUCUGUACACCAGAGUCCAAGUCCCAAUAAAGUGGAGCUGUUCUGCACAAGGUACACUCAGGACAAUCAGGCUCUGUGAGAGUUUUUCAGAAGUGCUCUGUGCAUUGGCAGCACUGCGUGGAGCUGGCCACCAGGGCUGUUAGUCAGUUUGGUGUGCAAUCCCCUUUGUGGUCCAUCCACUCCUCGUCCUGAAUUCAUACCUAACAAUGUUGUUGCAGAACAGAAAACUGCCUAUUGCAUAGAAACAUAGAAACAUAGAAUGUGACGGCAGAUAAGAACCAUUCGGCCCAUCUAGUCUGGACAAUUUUCUAAGUACUUUCAUUUGUCCCUGGCCUUAUCUUAUAGUUAGGAUAGCCUUAUGCCUAUCCCACGCAUGCUUAAACUCAUUACUGUGUUAACCUCUACCACUUCAGCUGGAAGGCUAUUCCAUGCAUCCACUACCCUCUCAGUAAAGUAAUACUUCCUGAUAUUAUUUUUAAACCUUUGUCCCUCUAAUUUAAGACUAUGUCCUCUUGUUGUGGUAGUUUUUCUUCUUUUCAAUAUAGUCUCCUCCUUCUUUUCAAUAUAGUCUCCUCCUUUACUGUGUUGAUUCCCUUUAUAUAUUUAAAUGUUUCUAUCAUAUCCCCCCUUAAAUGUUUCUAUCAUAUCUUUCCUCCAAGCUAUACAUGUUAAGAUCCUUUAACAAUAUUGGUGACAAUUUCUUCCUGGAUAUAGGAAGGAGUUUAUUCUCAUAUCAUUGAAUUGUAGGGAAUUGAAAACUGAAUUUCAAAAUAUAGGCAAAAAUAGCUGAACAAAAACCAAUAAAAUGGCUUUAGUCACGGACUUGCUACUUUGCUUUUUCUGCUCUAAUUUGUGUUUUCAAUUUUUUACAAUUUGGUGUUUAGUGAAUAAACAUACCACAUACACAUUUACAGACAGGGCUAUUCUGUAAUAUGCAAAUUGUGUGGAAUUCAAAGUGAAUGUAAAAAUUUAGAACACAAUAGCAAAGUCAGAUAAAAUCCACUAACGGCAACAUAGACUUUUACAAGGCAGAUAUAACAACAAAUGAGAUAAACUGUUACAUUUGUUAACAAGACAAGAGGAUAACGCAGACCCUGCUGAUAACAGCGUCACAUCUCGAGGAUUAUAUUCAGACCUUGGUGAAUUACCCUGACAGUAAAUUAUAAAAAACAAAACAAAAAAACACCACCAUUUUAUUGAUUGUUGUAGAGUGUAAAUUCUAACAAAAGAAUGUUCAUAUUACUGCACCUUUUCGAAUCACUUUAUUAGUAAUGGUUUGCCUCUUUAUUGCUUUUCAUUAUUUAUUUAAAUUAUUUAGUUAAAAUGAAUCUAACAUUAAGAUUUUUGCUUUAUAUAUGGUGGGAUUUUAUACUGGGAACACCAAAUGUUGUUUUGCUCAUAACCCAAUAAAGCUUCAGUUGUUUAAAAAAAAAAAGGAAAAAAAAAAAAAGCAAGCAGCUUUCUGAUUGUGCUUGAGCCAAACAGCAGCGUGUGCUGCAGCAUCCCUGAUUGUGCAGCCAUCCCCAUCAUACACUUGUGCACCUCCAUUUCCUGCAUCCUCACUCUCUGUCUCUGCUUUAUCUCAAGAUGGCAACCGAAGGAUUGCAAGAGAACGAGACCCUGGCCUCGCUGAAGAAUGAAGCUGAAAGCCUCAAGGGAAAGCUGGAAGAAGAGAGAGCCAAACUGCACGACGUGGAACGUAAGUAUGUUAAUUUAGGGACUGGCUGUCUCCGUUCCUAUGACAUCUGGGAAGAGAUGACAGCUCCAGUGGAGACAGAGGAGGCUUAACUUGUAAAUAAACACGCUGUACUCUGGGGUUGUCCAGAGAGCUCUCUCUACCAGGCUGCGCAAAGUCAGCUUUGCUUAUUAGGUUUCUUGAUAAAAAUAACCCACAAUGUCACCGCCUCAUGCUGAUUUCUUAACCCUGCAAGUCAAGCCAGCAGUGCACACACAAUAAAGCUACAGUGAUUCAAAAACACUUGUACUCUGCUGAGAGUGAAUUGCAUGCUACAAUGUAACCCCCAAGGCAGAUAUUAUCACAGUAUUCCAUUAGGCUGCUAACAUUUGAUGGCCACAUGGACAAGCCUUUAAAUCAUAUUAGCGGGCGUAAAAAUUAGGUCACCCAGCCAGAAUUGCAUUACAGUUUAUUGAAAGGUAUUUUGUUUUGUAGCUCUGACAUAUUUCAGCGUUCUCAUUUAACCCCGUUAUACCAGGGACGGAUAAUUCUGUCGUAAUAAUCUAGUUUCCAAAGUGGAAUGUCCCACUGAUCCAUCAUUGUCAGGGCUGCAUAGAGCGGACGAUACUGUAUUAAGAGGAUAUUACUUGCUGGGAGGAAGGUCUGGAGGGACCAGAUUGUGACGACAUCAUGAAAUGUUUCACACAUACACAGGGCUAUUUGCUAAACUGAGAAUUCAAUGCGAAAUUUCACAUUUAAAUGGUCUUUCCAAUGUCCAUGAACACUUCUGCUUUUAGAAUUGGGCAUGGAUGCAGGAACCUGUUUGUACAGUGUUUCUGCUUGAAAUGCAGCACAUUCAGAUACAGUUGCAAGAAAAAGUAUGUGAACCCUUUGGAAUGAUAUGGAUUUCUGCACAAAUUGGUCAUAAAAUGUGAUCUGAUCAUCAUCUAAGUCACAACAAUAGACAAUCACAGUCUGCUUAAACUAAUAACACACAAAGAAUGAAAUGUUGCCAUGUUUUUAUUGACCACACCAUGUAAACAUUCACAGUGCAGGUGGAAAACGUAUGUGAACCCUUGGAUUUAAUAACUGGUUAAACCUCCUUUGGAAGCAAUAACUUCAAAAAAACGUUUCCUGUAGUUGCAGAUCAGACGUGCACAACGGUCAGGAGUAAUUCUUGACCAUUCCUCUUUACAGAACUGUUUCAGUUCAGAAAUAUUCUUGGGAUGUGUGAAUCGCUUUCUUGAGGUCAUGCCACAGCAUCUCAAUCGGGUUGAGGUCAGGACUCUGACUGGGCCACUUCAGAAGGCGUAUUUUCUUCUGUUUAAGCCAUUCUGUUGAUUUACUUCUAUGCUUUGGGUCAUUGUCCUGUUGCAACACCCAUCUUCUGUUGAGCUUCAGCUGGUAGACUGGUGACCUUAAGUUCUCCUGCAAAAAGUCUUGAUAAACUUGGGAAUUCAUUUUUCCUUCGAUGAUAGCAAUCCGUCCAGGCCUUGACGCAGCAAAGCAGCCCCAAACCAUGAUGCCCCCACCACCAUACUUCACAGUUGGGAUGAGGUUUUGAUGUUGGUGUGCUGUGCCUUUUUUUCACCACACAGUUUUGUGUGUUUCUUCCAAACAACUCAACUUUGGUUUCAUCUGUCCACACAAUAUUUUGCCAGUACUGCUGUGGAACAUACAGGUGCUCUUGUGCAAACUGUAAACGUGCAGCAAUGUUUGUUUGGACAGCAGUGGCUUCCUCUGUGGUAUCCUCCCAUGAAAUCCAUUCUUGUUUAGUGUUUUACGUAUUGUAGAUUCACUAAUAGGGAUGUUAGCAUUUGCCAGUGACUUUUGUAAGUCUUUAGCUGACACUCUAGGAUUCUUCUUCACCUUAUUGAGCAGUCUGCCCUGUGCUCUUGCAGUCAUCUUUACAGGACGGCCACUCCUAGGAAGAGUAGCAGCAGUGCUAAACUUUCUCCAUUUAUAGACAAUUUGUCUUACCGUGGACUGAUGAACAGCAAGGCUUUUGGAGAUACUUUUAUAACCCUUUCCAGCUUUAUGCAAGUUAACAAUUCUUAAUCGUAGGUCUUCUGAGAGCUCUUUUGUGCGAGGCAUCAUUCACAUCAGGCAAUGCUUUUUGUGAAAAGCAAACCCAGAACUGGUGUGUGUUUUUUAUAGGGCAGGGCAGCUGUAACCAACACCUCCAAUCUCAUCUCAUUGAUUGGACUCCAUUUGGCUGACAUCUCACUCCAAUUAGCUCUUGGAGAUGUCAUUAGUCUAGGGGUUCACAUACUUUUUCCACCUGCACUGUGAAUGUUUACAUGGUGUGUUCAAUAAAAACAUGGCAACAUUUCAUUCUUUGUGUGUUAUUAGUUUAAGCAGACUGUGAUUGUCUAUUGUUGUGACUUAAAUGAUGAUCAGAUCACAUUUUAUGACCAAUUUGCGCAGAAAUCCAUAUCAUACCAAAGGGUUCACAUACUUUUUCUUGCAACUGUAUGUUUGUACUUUUGUGCUGGCGACUGGUUGUAUCCCCUGACACACGUGAGUUCUUGGCUGCCUAAUGUCAUGCAAAAAUUACGUCUGUUGUUAGAGGGCUCAGGUGCGGGUGAAAGACGUGGUUAGCUUCUUGCAGUCUGUGACAGGGGGCCUGCAAGGAGACACUUCAGCGUCCAAAUUCCUCCCUUGGUGUGCUCUUUCCACCUUGCUGUAUUUUCAAACUCUGUCCUUUAAUUUUAAUAUUUAAAAUCCGUCCCUUGUCCUCCCACCCUGACUCAGAGCGCGUGCAUGCACUCUCUGCAUGCACUCUCUCCAUGGGAGAACGUUCCAAUUAAAUGCUUUUCUAUGAGAAUUCUUUCACUGGAUUUUGGAGUGAUGUGGCAAGAUAACAGACAGGGUUCUAUUAAUAAAUUUAAAAAAGGGGGUUGGACAUAGAUAAUAGUGUCCAAUAGGAAAUUAUAAAUGAAAAAGGGUUAUAAUCUUUGAAGGCUAGUACAGCUGAACCGAGAGCUAACUCGAAUUAUUCCAGUUCAGCUAUUUUGAUCGUAAAGGGAUUUUCCAGUGCCAGGAAAACAAACCCGUUUCCCCGGCACUAAAGAAUCCUUGACUGCCCCACUCCCUCCCGCCCCCAUCCCAUGUCGCUGAAGGGGUUAUAGCCCCUCCAGCUACUUACCUGAAUCCAGCACAGAUGUCCCACUGCACUGGGUCAGGCUCUGCCCACACUCCUCCCUUGCCAACGUCAGUUAGUGGGGGAGACCUAAUGCGCAUGCGCUGCAAUGGUCGCGCGCGCAUUACUCCUCCCCAUAGAAAAGCAUUAUUCAAUGCUUUCCUAUGGGGAAAAUCUGACGCUGGAGGUCAGUGAGGACGUCCAGUGUCAGAUAACGGACCAAAAGUCCGUUACGAAUAAGGAAGCGCCCCAUGUGGCCACAGAGGGCAGACUUAUAGCUGCAAUUUAAACAUUGCAGUUCUUUGGAACUGCAAUGUUUUACAUUGUAGCACUAAGUGCAAAAGGGACACAGCGCCCAAACCACUUCAAUUAGCUGAAUUCUUACUUUAGUGAAUAAUAACCCCGAUAGUAUUAGGGAACCAGGAUCAGAAACUUGACAUUGUAAUGUCUAAUAGGAUUAUCAGUUAUCACUAAUUAUAAUCCUAAGUAGUUUUAUAACAUUUUGAAAUUCACUUUAAAAAUUGACUUGAAAAAGCCAAGUAUAACAAAGGCUUUGUGUGUGAAAGCUUCCCUUAUAUUUUAAUGAAUGUCAUUACAGGACCAGGGACAGUGUGGUGUACACCUUGUACUCUGUGUCAUUACAGUGUGCUGUAAUAAAUCAGUACAGAGUACAAAGUUAUAUACCACACUGCAGUUUUAGGAGGCUAGAAUUAUGGGGUAUCUGCUUUCAGGGUGCUGUGGACUUAAAUCCUAUUACUUUCACCCAGACUGAGAAUUUAUGUAACUUUAUGGAAGAUCCAGGCAACAUCCCCCUCAAGACAAGUACCUUCUAACCCUAACCCCCCUCCUGCAAUUCUAAACGCAGAACUUUAUACCAUGCCCCUUACUCCCAGCCCCAAACAUAUGUAAACACUAACUUUACCUUAGUGACCUUUUCAGCUACAUCAGUAGUUUGACUUUUAUUGCAGUGCUCAUACAAAUACAGCAUCACCACAGCGUCACCUUAUUUAAUGCCAAUAUUUACAAAGCACCUUUUGAUGGAGGUGUGCAAACGUACAACUGUGCUCCACAACCGACAAAUCAACAUCUGCACUACCCUGUAGCAAGUCUUUACUUGCCAAUCACAUCGUCACAUACCAUAUACAUGAGUACCAAAACUUAACAUCACCCUGAAUGCACAGCAUUGAGCCUCUGUAAUAUAGUUGAACUCUUUGUGAAUCAGAUAUGUGUACAACAUUUUAGCAAGCAGUCAAUGUAUACUCCUUCAGCAUUUAAAUAAACUAUACGAGAGAAGGCAUUUACUGAGUAUAUGGGGAGUUAUCUUUUGACAGCACCUGGCAUAGCGUAUGAUUAGAGCAUUCUGUUAAAUAAGAUUGUAAUCACAUUAUUUUGCCUACACUUUUAUUGCACUAUUUGUAUUAUGUUCUCUAAACUGGGUUAGUCGUAGUUGCUUCAUUUAUCCUCUAUUUUCACAGUCAUAUAUUGCCACUCAGCCCCCUUCUUGAUGCUUUCAUGUAUAGUCUUUUACACCCAAGAUGGUAUGUUGUUUGAUACUCAGCUUUGACAGUGAAUUGUACUCAUUCAUGGAUAUGUUGCUUUUAAAAUAACAAUUUAAUGGCAAGAAGUAAUACAUUACUUUGACAGUUUUUAUGUGGCACAGAAAGAGUUAGCUUUGUUAUCUAAUGGAAUUUAGAACCUUCUAAAACAUAAAAAUAAACUGUAGGAUAUGUUAUGCCACUUAUACAAUAUAAUAUAUGGGCUUCAGGGUGUAUUAUGUUUCCCUUACAAUAAAAUAUACCUGCAGCAUGUUUAAUUAUGUCCCCCCAACAUCAUAUUAAAGGGACACUAUAGUCACCAGAACAACUACAGCUUAUUGUAUUUGUUCUGGUGAGUAUAAUCAGUCCCUGCAUGCUUUUUGCAAUAAACACUGUGUUUUACAUUACAGUCUAGUGACACCUCCAGUGGCCACUCCUUGGAUGGCUACUAGAGGUGCUUCCUGGGAAAGUGCUAUGUGCAUCACUUCCAUUCAGUGUCUCCACCUUCUACAUGGAGACACUGCACUUUCCUCAUAGAGUUGCAUUGAUUCUAUGAGGAGUUGCUGAUUGGCCAUGGCUUUGUUUGACAAUUGUGCUGGCUCUGCCCAUGAUUUCCCUCUUUGACAGUUACAGCCAAUCCAAUGCUUUCUAUGGGAAAGGAUUGUGGUUCACUGCGAUCACCACUUCUGAUGAUGUCAGCCAAGCAGGCAGAUCAGGGGCAGAGCUAGCAGCAGCAUACUGGAAUGAAAGUAAGAUUUUACUAUAUUAAGGCGGGCAGGCUAAAUGGUGUUUUUAACACUAUAGCGUCGGGAAUACAUGUCUGAGUUCCCAACCCUAUAGUGUUACUUUAAAUAAACAGUAAACUGUGUUAUAUCCUGUUACAAUGUAAUAUCUUUGCUGCAUGCCUGCCUUAAGUCCCUUAUAUAAUACAUAGACUGCAUUGUGUAUUAAGCCCAUCAUAUAAUGUGAUAAACUGACUGCAGGGUGUACUAUGUACAUGGUAAUAAACUGACUACAAGAUGCAUAGAGAGGGCAAGACAUGCUAAAUAUGCAAAUAUUCAUUGAGAGUAUUGUUGAAAUUUCAGAUUUGCAACUUGAUCAGUUCUGUAAGCUCUUGUGGCUAUUUGAAACCCAGCUUUGUAGGCCAAUACUUGUGUUAGGAUCACGAAGAUCCACAGUCUUUUACCAGAACCUGUCUGGACUGGGUUUAACACUGAGUGAACUUCCCUUAUUGCGACCACCAUGUGAAGACAUGUAACUUUUAACAUAUGAUUGGCAGAGGGGGAACUAGGUAGGGUCCUCAUUACAUCUGAAAAGGGCUUCAUCUUUGAGGGACUGUCUCUGACGCCAUCAGCCUGUAUGCUUCAUUACUAAAUUAUGCAUUUAAAUUGUAUGUAUUUUUAUGUUUUACUUGUAUGAGAAACACACUAGUUUAACUGCCAGGCUGGAAUGGAUAAAUUUAAUUUUAACUAAUAUCCUGCAGCUCUCAAACAUGCAUGGAGUAAAGGGAUAAGAGAGAGGGAUCACUUCUUGAGGCCAUCUAUAUUUAUAUGGAGUUCACCAGAACAACAAUCCUUAUUUUCUUAAUUUAUAUACCCCACUGCUCUGAGGGUAAACAGAUUAAUAUCAGACAAUAAAAUGGGUUUAUAGACUGGAUUUUCGUCUUUAUAGACAUUACAUUCUUCACCAUCUCCUUCUAGAUGAGUCACUGGUCUCCGACGUCUAUAAAUGUUACAAUGGCUAGACUACAAUAUAGUACAAAGCAGAGGUAGAUAAUUUAAUAUACAAACAUAAAAUUACAGGAAGAGCUCUACUGAAAAAUAGGUAAUAAGUGUGUGGUUUAUAAGGUACAGGGUGCUCCUAAAGGAAGAGAAUCUGUUCCCAUACCAGAUAUAUACAUGUAAUAAAAAAUAAGAAAUGAUCCCAAGACACACCACGGUUUUGCACAUAAAAAUAGUACUUAUUCAUGCAUAGAAAAUACAAGAUAUCAUUAUAGCAGAGAGAAAGUGCAUAGUAUAGUGCUAAACCAGUAUAUAGUACCAAAACCACAAUAUAAGUAAAGUGCUAAAUGCACUUCCCAGAGGAAGCCUUCCUCUGCCGAAACGUUGGUGUUUAAUUUCUCCUGCUCUUGGUCAGUAUACCUUUUUUUAAAAUAGGUUUUUACAUUUAGCACUUUACUUACAUUGUGGUUUUGGUACCAUAUACUGGUUUAGCACUAUACUAUGCACUUUCUCUCUGCUAUAAUGAUAUCUUGUUGUAUUUUCUAUGCAUGAAUAUAUAGUCUUUUUAUGUGCCAAACCGUGGUGUGCCUUGGGAUCAGGCCCGGACUGGCCAUCGGGCACACCGGGCAAAUGCCUGGUGGGCCGCGGUGGCCAUGGGCCAAGGCCGGCAGGGGAGGUCCCAGGAUCUCCCCUGCCAGUCUAUGCAGGGCCGGCACUAUCCGAGCGCCGGCCCUGCUGUUUUCCAUGGAGGGCCAGUGGGGUGGGGAGAUCAAAGCUCUCCCUCACCGGCCCACAUGCUGUCAGAUCUGGCCGCCGGCGGGGAGAGAGGGAGGGAGCCAGCCAGGAGAGGAGGACCCGGCAGAGCUCUAACUUGCAGCUCCGCCGGGUUCCUCUCGCGAGAUCCGGCGCGCUGCCAUGGCAACGCGCCGGAUCUCGCGAGAGUGAACUCUAGCCCCACAGGCUAGAGUUCACUCACCCACGAGUACCACCAGGGAACACCAGGGAUUUAAUACCUUUUUUUGUUGUUGUUUGCCCCCCCUACACACACACAAUCCAUUCUAACAUUUAUACAGCACUCUCACAUCCAUCACUCACACCCAUCACACACAGCACUCUCAGACCCAUCACACACAGCACUCUCACACACAGCACUCUCACACACAGCACUCUCACACAGAUCACACACAGCACUCUCUCACACAGCACUCUCUCACCCAUCACACACAGCACUCUCUCACACAGCACUCUCUCACACACAGCACUCUCUCACAGCACUCUCACACACAGCACUCUCUCACAGCACUCUCUCACACACCGCAUUCUCUCACACAAAUCUCUCUCUCACAGCACUCUCACACACACAGCACUCUCUCACAGCACUCUCACACACACAGCACUCUCUCACACAGCACUCUCUCACACAGCACUCUCUCACAGCACUCUCACACACACAUCACUCUCACACCCAUCACACACAGCACUCUCACACACACAGCACUCUCACACACAGCACUCUCACACCCAUCACACACAGCACUCUCACACAGCACUCUCUCACCCAUCACUCUCACACACGGCACUCUCACACACACCGCACUCUCACACACACAUACUGCACCCCUCACAUACACACAGAACCCCCCCAACACACUGAACCACACACAUACACAAUACUUCCAAAUACAUAUAUACACAUAUGCACACAAACUACACUCUUAACAUAUACACUCUGGAUCCCCUAUACACACACUAGAUUCCUUGUAAGCAAACACAUACUACACCCGUAAAUAAACACUACAUCACCUAUAUACACACACACACUAUAGCCUGUAUGCACACACUUGCUAUAUCCCCAAUACACACAUUCUCUACAGCCCAUAGCCACAUAUGCAUCACAUUACACCACUUUACACCACAAACACAACAUGACUAAAACCAACCUUAUUACACAAUACCACACCACGACCAGCUCACUCUACACACACGCAAUACCACAAGCAGGCUCCAAACACAUGCACAAUACUCUUUCCUGGCCCUUUUGUCUCCUGGUAUCCAUUUAUAGAGACACCAGAGACAAGUUGCAAGGAAACACAGUGCAAGCAUGUUAUUAAAUUUGCUUGCACUGUGCAGAACAAAGACAGAGCUUUUUUCUCAUGCUAGAGCUCUUCAGCAGAGCUCUGCGCAUGGUCUGCCCUGGGAGAGCAUUGAUCCAACAUGCUCACUUUGAGAGGGGGCGUGUUUGUCAUUGGUGAUGACAAAACACACCUCCUCUGCCCCGCCCCCUUCUUAGUGGGCCGCUGUGUUAAAAAAAUGCCCGGGCCGAAUUUUUCUCCCAGUCCGGCCCUGCUUGGGAUAAUUUCUUAUUUUUUAGAUGAUUUAAUAACCUAUUAAAGCCACACAGUGAUGUAUGGGUUAUUGAAAUAUAAAUAUAUAUAUACUACAGACUUCCCUCCUUCCUUGAAAUAAUAACAUUGAAAUACAUGAUCAAGAGGUCACUGGUAAACAGGUGUGUUUGAAAUGAUAAAUAAAAUGAUUAAUGGUGUUUAUGUUUAGUGCAAUGGCUUAAUAUCAUACCAUGUUGGAAAUUCAACAUUUGCUGCAUUACUGGUCAUGGAAGACCCUUACACAAUCCAUUUAAAUGAAAGGUGAAAGAAAGAAGAAGUGAAAACCGACUUAGCGGAAUAUAGGUGAGGGUUGGAGGAAGUGAAAAUGGAUUCAUAAUAAGAAAGAGGAAGGGGAGAGGAAGCAAGGUUGGGCCCAAAGCAGGUCUAUAAAGCAGAGAGAUGUGUUGGGUAGAAAGGAGAAUGCCAAGAAUGUGUUACUGAUGUUGGAGACUGGGGAAACAAUCAUAGCUAAAAAGUGAAUAAUGAGGACAAAAAGGGAAAAAUUACAAUUUAAAAGUGAUUAUUUUACUUAUAAUUGACAAUUAAAUGAUUCAAAAUAUUGCUAGUACAGCAAUCCAUUUAUUAAAAAAAACUUAACAUAUAAAGUAUUACUUUACUCUUGACAUCUCACAGUUAGGUAGUACUGUGUAUAUCUCUCUAAGAAGAUAAAACUUCCUGGAAUAAAUGAAAGGAUGGUCACCUUGUAACAUGAAUUAUAUUGUGUUGUAAAGUUUGGCAAACUAUUUCCUCACCCUUUCUUCGCAGGGCCCGGAUUCGAUAAGCAAUGUUCAAAUAUUUGAUUUCCAACCUUAAUUUCCAUAAUCUCAUCUUUAUAGCUUUCUCCGCAUUGCCUUACUAAGAUAGUUUUUGCAUUCAUGGACAUCACAAGUGCCAGUAAGGCAUCUUAUCUCUACUACUACAUGUGACAUGUAAAACUGAGAGAGCUUGCUUACUAUUUGUUUUGAUCCGAUAAUUGAUACCUGCAGUCUACAUAAAUGAUAUAGGAUUUGGUUCAUAAACCUUGAUAACAUGUUACCUCAAUUCAUGACGUUCUUUUGAUUUACUAAACACAUGGUGGGUGUUUCGUCUUGUUAUUACAUGAGAGUCUGUUUAUUCUUGGUAUAGUUAAUCCAUAUUAUUAAGUGAUCAUGUAGAUCUCGGAGAAGUAGCUGCAGACGAACAGUGGUGCCACUCAUUCUUUCUUUUUUUUGCAUUUAUUUUUAGUGCACCAAGUGGCAGAACGUGUGGAAUCUCUUGGCCAGUUUGUCAUGAAAACAAGAAGAACACUAAAGGGGCAUGGUAAUAAAGUACUGUGCAUGGACUGGUGUAAAGACAAAAGAAGGAUUGUGAGCUCAUCUCAGGUAAUAUAACAAUCUUCUAACAAGGUGUGACCAUGAAUGCACUAUCUGAUCUAUGUGAAUGUGGGUUUGGGAACAUAAAUUCCAUGGUUUUACGUCAAAACACACGUCACCUCUCAGAAAUGAUGCAGUGCCUAUUUUCAAGUCAACCGUAGCUAAACUAUUCAUUCAGGCUUAAAAAAAGAACCAUUUCAAAUAGGGCUUAAGAUUUUUAGAAAUGAUUUUUAAUUUGGGUUUUAAACAUGGCUAGUUGAGUCGGACUUCAUCAGGGACUUUGACAUUAAAACUAGACCUUUAAAAAGCGUAUGAAUUUCUGGAGACGGGAUCAGGAUGUAAUAAACAUGACUAUAAGAAACAGGGAGUUGACCUGUUAGUUUGGUAACUGAUUAUUGGCUAAAAUCAAUAUCCAACAAGCACAUUGAAAAAGAAAAAAAACACUGACUUCUGCCGGUGCAGAGAAAGAACGUAUAAAAAUAUUGUAUCUUUAUUGAAUAAUGACUAAAGUGGUAACAUAAGCCUGGGACACAGCAGUACAGACAGUACAUCUAGAAGAUGUUGACACGCUUAGCGGCACUUCAUCACAGACCAUUUUGGACCAAUUUAACCCCGAUACAGGAAUGGGGAAGCAGAUAUGUAAAAAUCAUAAGUGGGCCGGACAUUGACACUUUCUGCAAUACUUGUUUCCAGUAAACUAGGAUGAGGUCUCUCAUUGUCUGCCCAUAACUCCCUGACGCAAGGGAACCAAAAUAGUUAGCCGGCAUGCUAAUAAUAAUAGGGAAUUAGGAGUGUUGUAGUCCAAAGACCCCAUGAGGGGCAAAUUUUAGAUAUCUGCUGCAGAGCGUAAACCUAUUAGCUAUCAACCAUAGAGAUCAAACCUUGAAACUUCAAAUGUAACUAAAACGUAAUAUGGAAUCAAUGUUAAAAGCAGAGAUCACUAAUUAACAAAUGUACUAACCAGGAUCAAUGAAAAUAUAAUUUGUCAUAUGCAGUAGUAGAGAUAAUGUGUCUAAAAAGGUGAUAAAGGUUGCCUAAGAGGGUGAAAGAGUUAAACAGUAAUCUGUUUGAAAUUGCACUUUAGAAAUAUAUAGAGAAAAAAAAAAAUAGGCAUGCUAGAUAUAUUGCACUGCCUUAAGUAGUGUCAAACCUAUGAUAGUACCAAAUAUAAGGUCUUAGGGAAGAUUUAGAAAAAAUAUAUAUUAGAAAAUAAGCAAAGAUCCCCUCCCAAGGUCAAAUCCCAUUAGAAAAGAGUAUUUUGAUCCUUGAGUAAAAAACAGGGGGUAAUGGAGCAAUUAAACCCAAUCAGUCUAUCUAAAUAAACACUGCAAAGGCAGCUGCCAAGCAUACAUAGACUGCCUAGAUGGAUACUGAAAAGGCCCCUCUGACACACAUUAUCAAAAAGCUCCUAUAACAUACUCAAAAAUGUAUCUCAACCCUCCUGUCUAGAUAGGUACUAAUAUAAGUGCCAUUUCUAAAGUGCAAUUUCAAACAGAUUAGACUUUGAUGGUGUGUCUGUUAUAUGCUGAGGUUUGUCUUUUAAGGUUAUAUGUUGGGUUACUGUGUGCAUUAACUCCUAGGAAUAUUCAUGGCAUUAUAUUGCUUAUAACUGUAUUCCAUUUCUACACAGAUGUUAGCUACAGUCACCCUAAUAAACCUGCUUGCUAAUUGGCACUUUCUGCCAUUAAUAAGCAACAAGCAAGUUUAGCCUCUUACCACUAUUAGGCGUCUUUGCAUUUAUUUGAUGUAAGCUAAAUUUAAACUAGUAUUGAUAAUAGCACUAUUAGAGAGAGAUUACGUGAAUAUAGUUCCAUAUUAACAGGGAAGGUAGAGAGUAUUUGAACAUAGUCCCAUCUAUUUAUUACUAGUGGAUCUAUAGAGGCUUUAUCAAUUUGAGCUCCUAUCAGAUACUAUCCAACUAAGUGCAACUUAUUGACAGUUACUAGCUUUUGAUCUUUAUCUCUUAAAUAUAUUCUUGACUAUUGUGUCUAUUGUAGAAGUCAAUUAAUUAGUAACAAUUUACAGUUAGUUACAAUUCUAUAUACAAGAGAUUACCGUAUUUUAUUGUAUAAAUCAGUUUAUUAAUAACCACUUACAGUUAGUUAGAUAUACAAGAGACUGUCUAGACUGCAUCGAACCUUUCCUUUUUAAAUUCACCAACACUGUGUGUUUCACUUAUUUCAUCAAUUUUUGUCCUUAAAGAGAUCUUUUAAAUAGAAUUCAAUAAACAUAAGUUUUUAAUUUUUACUCUAUUCAUACCCUAUGAGUUAUUUUCACUACUUUGGGUAUACCUAGAGGGAGUGUUAGAGGAAAGGCAGGUCGCCCUUCACUCUUUCACCCUCUUAGGCAACCUUUCUCGCGUUUGUACUAUUUAGGGUUUAGGACCCUUUAUACCCACGUAGUCCAUUUAUAUGUUGACUUCGGGAUCAAGCUGUGCUUGACCCCUAAGGCUUCAUCUUUUCCUUGUGUCUAAAAAGGUUACUCCAACCACCAUAGGCACUUCAGCCUGAAACACUGCACAUUCAGAGUUAUUGUUAAUUGUGUGCUGGGGGCUGCCUAAUUUCAAUUAUGUGCUUAAAAUAUGUCUGUUAUUAGUGCAUACUGCACGCUGCCGACAUACGUAAUAAUCUUUACCUUGCAGGCAGAAUGCUUCCCCCCCCCUUCAGGGCCGGUGGAAGAAUUUUUGACACCAUAGGCAAAAAUUUACUUUGUCGCCCACUUCGACAAUUAAAGGGACACAUUAAUCACCAUCAUAAUGAACUUAUAGGUUAGGGUGAAUGAGGCCCUAUCUCAUCAUAGUCUACCUAAGCAUAGAUGCUGGAGCAAUAUGCAUAAAUCCCUGCAAUGUCUAUCUCACCUGCUUCAAUAGUGUAUUGCAAUGCACAUCAAACAAAUCCUUACCUCCUUUGGUAGCCUUUGAGAUUUCAACUGGUACAAACUGUGCAACUGCCAGGUUUGGAAAGAUUAAUUACAGAAAUAAAACAAAAAACCUCAAAUGGGGCUAUUGCUAAAGUAAUAGAUGCUGCACCACUACAGACUACUGUACCACAUAUGCUAAACACCUAGGAUCUCCAUGGAUAUGAAAAAUGAUUAGCAUUUUAAAAAACGUAUACCUAUCACAGUCAAGGGAACAUAUAUGCACCUACCUUGCAAAGACUUCUCAUUGAGCUGCAUUGGAAUGGCUGUAAUCGAAUAGACAUGGAAAGUCUCAGCAGGAUUUGCAAAGGCUGCAGACAAGAGAUCUGCAGUUUUUGCAAGGUGCUCUUUGAUAUAACCCCAAUGAAACAAUGCAAAUUAAAUACAGACAUUUUCAUUAGAGUUAUAUCUACAAAACAGUGAUUUCCUUUUUUUUUUCUUUUUUUCUUUUUUUUUUGGGGCAGUGGAGGGUCCCUUUAAGAUAUUUAUUAAAUACCUAAAUAUACAGUGCAAGUAAAGAGUUCAUAGCUUAUACACAGCAAAAACAUACACCGUGCAAAUAAAGCCGCCCCCAAAUGCCCAGGGCAAAUGUCUUGUUAGCCUUGCGGCUAACUAACAAUCCGGUCGGUCGGGAGUCAUAUUCCGGUUCCCGGCAUCACUCUGCGGCGUGCGAGGGAGCUGAGCAGAGCACUCAGGGGAAAGUGCUCCCUCGCCAGCGCCGCCCGACCGACCGCCCAGCAGCCCCACUAGACCCCAGGGAGAGGGAGAACCCCCCAUCCCCCCAACAUUCCCAAAGGUAAGGAGGCUGGGGGGGUUAAAUUAAAAAAAGUGAGUGUGUUAAUGUGAGUGAGUGUGUGUGUCUGUCUGUUAGUGAGUGAGUGUGUGUGUAUGUGUGUGUCUGUUAGUGUGAGUGUGUGUGUGUUUUAUGUAUGUUGGAUUUAGUUAUUGUGCACUUUUUUAAUGUAUAUUUGAUUUUAUGGUACAGUGGUGUUUUUUGAAAAUGUUCACUUGUUGAAAAUGUUCAAAUUUUAUGCAUAUUAUAUGCACUUGCAGUAUUUGUACUGUAAACAUUUUUUAUUUAUGCACUGUAUAUGCAACAGCAGUAUUUGCACUGUAAACCUUUUUUAUUUAUAUAAAGUGUGGGUGAACUUAAACUGUAUGGCUAUGCUGUGUUUCCUGUAGGCUUUGCGUGGGGGGGAGGAGGGGGCGGGAGGGGAGGGCCUCCAUGUCCCUUUUUGCUUGGGGCCCCCUAAAUUCCUUUAAACGGCCCUGGAUAGAUAUGUAGCAGUACUUUAAUGGUGCUGACUGGGGUCCCUCUCAUAGUGCCAGAGCUGAGCACUUACAGUUAUGUACACACAGGUAGAGGAUGAAAACCUUCGGAUGCCUGAUAACCUCCAGCCUCCUCCUGCACACUGUAACACUGUGAUGGAUUUCCACCUACCACACUAAGCUGCUCUGCCUGGCUGCCAUCCUGGCUCCCAUGCCACUUCCUUCAUUCUAUUUCCUGCUGAUUUCAGGAAGCAGCAGUGAAGCCUCUGCGGUGCAUGCAUUUAAUUUUCUUUGUCUGUGGCUUACGCAGAGCAGGGCUCUGGAUCUUCACUGACAGCAGACUUUGGUGAGAGAGAUCGUCUCUUCCUACAGACAGCCUUAAAUGGCGCCCCCCCAGAGGCUGGCGCCCUAGGCAAGUGCCUGUCUUGCCUAAAGGAAACGCCGGCCCUGCCUUUCGCCCACCCUCCUUCAUUGUAGCCCUCUCACCUUCCUAUCCAAUCUGAUACUCUAUGUUUCUCCCACCUUCUCUCUUCCUUCUUUUUUUCCCUUCUCCUUCUUUCCUCCUAUCUUCCCAUCCUUUUUCCUGCCCAGAGUGCGCGCAUGCACUGAGCCAGUUAAAUGGUCCAGUCAAAGGCUUCAUUCAGAAUGCUUUAUAAGUGUUUGGGAGGAGGAAACCCUGAUAAAUAAUGGGCAUUAUUCACAGGUUUAAAAAAAAAAAAAAACAAGGGUUGGAGAAACCCUUUAAUGGCACUUGUGAUGUCCGUGAUUGCAAAACUUGCAGUACUACGGCAAUGCAGAGAGAGCUAUAAACACAAGACUAUUCAUUAAAUGACCUUUCCAUCUAAUUUUUCUUAUUGUGUGUUAAACACUCAAAAUCAAUACAUUACAUAUUAUUAUUAUUAUUAUCGCCAUUUAUAUAGCUCCAACAGAUUCCGUAGCGCUUUACAAUAUUAUAAGAGGGGGAUUUAACUAUAAAUAGGAUAAUUACAAGAAAACUUACAGGAACCAUAGGUUGAAGAGGACCCUGCUCAAAUGAGCUUACAGUCUAUAGGAGGUGGGGUGUAAAACACAAUAGGACAGGAUGACAUAUAAUUUAACCAAUGUAAUAAAUGCUGAAUAAUUAUGCACAAGGAAAAUAUCACUUCUCAGAAGCAGCGUGUGAAAGGGACACAUUCCAACGUAUUUUUAAUCUGAAGUCAGCCGUAGUGCCAAAAUAGUUCUUGUUUCUAAUAUAUUUGCAGAUAUGAGGUUUGCUUACAUGAUAUUAUUUGAUUAAUUAAUUAGUAGUAGUGUUAAAUGCUAAAAAAAGAUAAUUAUUUACAAACUCUAGUUUCUUUAUCUUUAUAUAGUUUCUUUUUUGUACUUUAUCAGUGCCUUCAAAAAAAGUCCCUCGCACAUAACAAAAAGAGAAGCUAGGCUUUGUGUCCAAGUUCUUGUUUGGGAGCCAUGAGAAGAUUAUGAUUAUGUCUAUAUUUUGUUCUUGACAACUAUUACCAGUAAUAUAGUCCAAUCUUUAACAAGGGCAAACAAUGCUACUUUCAGUUCCCAUGGUAGAGUGAAGAUGCAAUCUAUUUCUGCAUUUCAAUUUGCAGCCUUACUAUAGAUAAGAUCAAUAUUUGUGUUUUAUCUAUCAACACAAAUUUGCUUAAAAAUGUAAAGAUUUGCAAAAAUUGCUGCCAAUAUAAGCCCACCCGCUGGGUGACAGACUUUACAGAAGGAAUCAGUUUGUCCAUUAUGUGCAAUAUGUUCACUCUCGAGCUGCUCCUUCGCUACUUACUGUAACUGUACUGAAGCCAUGAUUAUGUUUCAGGGAUACAGAUCUGUUCACAAAGUUGCCACAGGAGCUCUUUGGAAGCCGAUAGUAGCUAUUCAUCUUAUCUGAUGAAUGGAACUCCAGCUGAGUGCUGAACUACAUGUUCUGUAAGUUAUGACAUAUAUUGAUUGUACAUUGAAAAUAAUGAUAGGAUAAAGAUGAGCCCAUGCCAUGUGUUUCAACCCUCUGCAUGGAGACACUGAACUUUCCUCACAGAGAUGCAUUGAGUCAAUGCAUCUCUAUGAGGAGAUGCUGAUUGGUAUCGCCUUCUUGGCGAUCUCAGCCAGUCCCCUAUGGGAAAUACUGAUGAUGUCAGCCAAAGAGGCUGAUUGGAGGUGGGACUGGCAUUGGUUGUCCUGCGCUGCACUGUGGCAUAAAGGUACUUUUAACCCUUUCUAAAAAGAUUAAGGGGGAAAUCCACCUAAAUCAGUCUGAAAAGACAGUGUUUGCAUGAAAAAGUCUGCAGGGACUGACUAUAGACACCAGAACCACUAUAAUGAGCUGUAGUUGUUCUGGUGACUAUAGUGUCCCUUUAAUAGAAAAUGAUUCACUUAUUUCUGUGCUGUACUGUAUUUACAAUGCAUUAUCUUGCCGUAUGUCUAAACAAUUAAAUGUCUUUGUUUUACCCCAAGGAUGGAAAAGUGAUUGUGUGGGACGCGUUUACCACCAAUAAGGUAAGCCGUGCAUGCUUCUUGUCUUCACAGAUAAAGGAGAGGUGAUAGUCAGUACCAGAUUAUUUUUUUUGUGAAUUUUAACUCACCGAGAAAAUGAAUAUAAUUUUAGAAAAUUGAGUAACAAAGAAUAAUCAAAAGUUCUACACGGCUCCAGAGAGGUUUAUUCAAACAAACAAACUUAUAAAUAGAAUUCCAUAUUGUGCAAUUUAGAGUAAAUUUGGGGUGACAUUCAGGUGUGAGUACCGCCAGUUAACAGACCCCAGAUUUUACCAAAUGAGAUAUACUCUCAUUUUGGCCUAAAUUUUACAAAUUGGAUUUCAAUUAGCUACAAUUGGGUGAAUAGUAACCAAACUCCAUGGUUAUCCCCUAGUCAGGUAUGUUUUCAGGUUUACCAAUAUGGCCCAAAAGUUUAAAUAUAGAUGCAUAAUUCAGAACUAACCAGUGGGUAUGGAAUGAAUAAAUGCAUAAAUGUAAACAAACAGAAUCAGGGCAAUUUAUAUGCGUGAGGGAACAAGGACUGGCUUCCAGCUAUACUGUAACCUUAUGUUUGAUGGUUCACGAGGCCCACCAUUAGAGCGAGACUCUCCUGAUCCCUUCACCAUAUGUGAACCUGGUGGAAGAAGGUGUAAAGUAAAAAAAAUAACCCGCGUUCACAGUUAUAAUAGGCCCAUUGUUCUCUCCGACACAUGAUCAUAGCCUGCCUCACAACAUAACUAAAUGAAUUUAGAGGUCCAAGAGACCCCUAUAAAGAAAAUAAGUCACUGCUAUGUGUUACAGUCACCACAUGUCAUUUGUCCACAUCCCUUAAUUAUAGAGUGGAGAACACACCUACACCUACUGUAAGGGAUUGGAACAAUUGUUACCAGGGAGCAAACACUCCCCAGGCACUCCACUAUUUAAGGAACCACUUAUAUUUUGGAGAAGGAAUGUGUAAAAAUAAAAUACAAUAAAAACCUACCUGCAUUAAUAAUUUCCCCACACUUCACUAUAAAAGAGGGAAUAUGAGGCAUUACUCUACUUCCGUUGAAGAUUUUCCUUGGAAUUUCUUCAAAUUGCACUGACUGAGUUUAUAAAUGGCCUCACCAGUAGUCUAUCUGUUUAUAUCCACUUGUUUCAGUGAAUCCAGUGAUUCAUAUCCUCUUUCUGUGCUGUAAAACCACGAUCAUAAAAGUACUUUCAAUAUCACCCAUCUACAAUCCUCUACCUUUUAAAGUAUUGUCUUUUCCAAUAUACUCACAGUGCAUUUAAUACCACUGUAUAUGCUGAACAAACAGUAUCUUUGAAAUCAAUAAUACCUAUUUGCCAUAUUUAGCGUCUGGAACUGUGGUUCGUAAACUGUCACUUACCAGGAUUUGACAUAUUAUGCUAACUCAUACCUACAUUUAACAAAUAUGUAUUUGGGUGGUGUGAAAUAUAAUAUUAAAUGUAGAAAUCUGCACAUAUUUAUCCUGUUACUGAGAGCCUCAAUCUUAGCUCCCUAUCAGUCAUUGUUAUAAGCUCUGUACUUGCACCUGACAGUCCAUACAGAGAAAUCAUACAAAGAAGAGGAGAAAUGAAACAAUGUCUCUAUUUCCUAUCUGCUUUUACAGUGUUUGACUUGGUUUUGACUUGAAUUGCUAGAGUUAAAGUAUUUAAAAUAUAACUUUUAUUGAUAUUUAUUUAAAAAUCCCAGCAAUUAACCAAACUAGAAUAACAUUUCCAAUCACAAAAACGUGACUGGGAUUACUGCAAUCUCAGUUCCCUGAGAGGCUGGUCAGGCUAUUGGAUCAUCAUGCACGUUUUACAAUAAAUGUGUGAAAAGCACAAAGUCUACAUUGUAACAAUCUACUGAUUGCACUCUAUAUGUCAAGCGAUACAGCUAGCAAAAAAGUACAGAGAUUAAAGAUGAAACUAUAUAGUGAAAAAUUCCCACACGGCAGUACAGGGAACCCUAAAAAAGGAAUUUGGAAUGUAAGCAGAAAGUAUAGUAAAUCUAGUAUGCCAUGACAUGCCUUCAAGGGCACAUAUCACUAAAGUUAUAAAGUGACACUCCUGCUGUGAAUAAAAUAGAUAAAUACAUCAACUGAGAAAAAAAGGUUAAAAUAUUAAAGUAACACAAUAGGGUCAGGAAUACAAACAUAUAUUCCUAACCCUAUAGUGUGAAAUCCACCAGCUAGCCAUCCUGGCUCCUCUCCCCCUCUCCCCCUAAAUAUAGCAAAAUAUUACCUUUAAUCCAGUCUGCUGCUGCUGGCUCUGAUCUGCCUGCUUGGCUGACAUAAUCAGAAAUGGUGUUCUGAGCCAAUUACAAUGCUUUUACAUAGGAAAGCAUUGGAUUAGCUGAGACUGUCAGGAGGCAGAUCUGGGGCAGAGCCAGAACAAGUCAAACACAACCCUGGCCAAUCAGUAUCUCCUCAUAGAGAUACAUUGAACCAAUGCAUUUUUUUAUGAGGAAAGUUCAGUGUCUCCAUGUAGAGGGUGGAGACACUGAAUGUCAGUGCUGCACAGUGUGCAUCACUGCCCCAGGAAGCACCUCUAAGGAGUGGCCAGUGGAGGUAUCCCUAAGCAGUAAUGUAAACACUGCCUUUCCUCUGAAAAAAACAGUGUUUAAUUCAAAAAGCCUGAAGAGAAUGAUUGUACUCACCAGAACACAUACAAUAAGCUGUAGUUGUUCUGGUGACUAUAGUGUCCCUUUGACAAAACAGCACCGAUUGCUGUGCCAAAGCCAGGAGCUAUCAUCUCAAGUCAUGCCAGAGCAGCAACAUUUUGCAAAAGACAAGGAAAUUUUGGCAAUAGCAAUGGAAGUUCUCCUAUUGCCGAAAUCUCCUUGUCUUUUGAGAAAUUUUAUAUAGUUUCUUUCAUCUUUGAUCUCUGUGCUUUUCUGCUAGUGGUGUUAGAGGCAGCUAACCCUGUUUAUAAGUGUAAUGAGUAGAUUGUUACAAUGCUUUUGAAACAUUUAUGUAAAAUUGUAUUUUAGUUUUGUUAAUUGCGUUAGUUUUUAAAAUUAAUAUCAAUAAAAGUUACAUUUUAUAUACUUAAAGCUUAAGAAUUAUAAUUUUUUCAUAUAUUGGGGUUAUCCAUUAUAAAUCUUGACAGGCGCACAGUCGGACUUGCCAGCAUAUGCAUUAACCUUACCCAAACCCCCAUUAAGACACGGACACAGGUUAUACUGUUGGAAAUAUGAGUCCACAGCUUUAUUAAAUAAUUAAGGAAUAACAAAUGGGGUAAUUGCCAACAAAUCUUAUUAAAGUCAACACCCUCCCCCCACCCCCAUAUACAUAACAUACCCCUAGCAAUGACCCCACAAUAAUAAUAGAUAACAAUCUAAAUAACAUGUUAACACUGAAACUGGCCGUCCAAUAUGACUACAUUUCCCACCAGAUAAAUUGUAGGGGUAUACUGAGACACCGCUACCCACCAUAUCGAUUGUAGGGGUGUACCUAGACACCGCUACACCCCCAGGUUCGGAGCCACUGACGGGCUCGAACCUACCAACCAUGUGUAACACUGCCCAAUCCACACUAAACCUCCUCCACCUACCCCCCGAUUUAACCUGGCCAUUCCCUGCCGCUGUGAAAAAACGGGAAAAUCAUCUAUCCUAACCAAAUUUAAGGAAAGGUUGGGAGGGACAACUGACAGGUAAGUUUAGGUUCAGUUAAAAUGGCCACUUCAUAAGAUGGCCAGUAUAAAUACUCCCAUUGUGGCUCCGCCUCACCCAGCAAGCGAGCUGUCACUAAAACUUCCUGUGGCUGCUAUGCCUACCUCCUGGCUCUGUCAAGGCCUAUUCCUCUAGCUGUGCUGAUCCAUGGGCUACAUUUCAUAGAAUCAAUUGGGAACAGCUCCUUUUUUUUGUUAUUUAAUAAAGUCAUUGGUGAUUUUUUAUAUUUUAUUUAGUGGUUUAAACUUUUGAGACAGGGAUCUAAUUAUGUACAUUAAAGACCCUUUCUACAAUGUUUACGAAAAAUACAACAAAACUGAUUAGGAAAAAGACCUUAAUUAGGCACAGUGUUUAUAGGGGUAUCUUUUGCACUUAGAAAGUAACACUACACUAAAUAACUUAUUGUGAGCAGCCCCAUUUUGUCUGAUAAAUAUGAUGUCUCUGAUCCAAUCACUGGACACUGUACAACCAAAUAAAUAGCAUGGUCACCAAAUUUUGGUUCAUGACCCAGCAGUUAAAGGAAUAAUCCAAUAAAAAAAAUAGUAGAUAUAUCCCCAAAGAAAACAUGCAUGCGUUCUUUAAUGCAUUUUUCACUUGAGUUGUAUCUAAAAACAGCUUGUAAAAGCUGCAGAUCUCUUGCAAGCAAGCAUUUGCAAGUCCUCCCCUCCUAGCCCCGCCCAGACUUUCUGUGGCUGUCCAAUUACUUCCCAAUGCAGCUCAAUGAGAAGUAAUUGCAAGGCAGGUGCUCUGAGCAAUUGCUUCCUCUUGAAUUUACCUCCACUGAGCUAACCAAACCAGGAAGUAAGAGGACCAGUUGUCUAAUUGACAGCCAGGAUUUGUAAACAAGGUUAAUUUAUAAAAGUGCCGAAUUCUAUUGAAACUUGUAAUUUUUGUAAAAUGAAAAAAAGAGGACACUCUUCACACACUAAGCACUUUAGCAAGCUAAAGUGUUUUAGGGGUCUGAUGUGUCCCUUUUAGAAACAUUGGUUUAGAAGAUCAGAGACUGCCAAUGAUAUGUCAAAUAAUUCAAACCUAAACUGUCUAAAGAACAAAAAUGUAUCACCAUCUUAAAUUCCACUCUGGCCAAAAAAAAAAUUAUGUGUUUGUGUUAAAAUGAAAGUUAACAUCACCAAAGCACUGGCUGCUCAUGCUUAACAGGCAAUCACAAAAUAUAUAAUAGGAGGUUAAUGACAAUUAUGCCUAACAAUGUUUAAUGAACUGAUUUCAAUAUUGUACCAUUUGUCGGGGGUGAAAAUGUACCUCUCAUUCUUUUAAGUAUUCUUACGUGCUGUAUUUUAUUUGUUAGUCUAUCAGUAAGAAAGAUAACACACAAAAAAAGAAUAAAGUUUGAUUUUCAUCUCCAGCCGCCUUGGAGGAAAAACAUUAUUAUUUGUAGUAAUUAAUAUUGAAAGUGAAAGCUUAUUUGUACUACUGCCUCUCUGUAUUGUUUUGUAAUGCAUACAUAUAAGUAAAUACAAUCAGUGUUGCAACACAUAGCCUACCCUUGAUCCAUGAGGCCAGCUUAAAGGGUUAGUCCAGGCACUAUGACCACCUCAGUGAUUUGGAGUGGUUAUGAUGCCUGGAAGCUGUAUGUGGAGCAUUUUGCUUUGAAAUGCUGCACAGAUGGCAUUUAUUUUUUUCAAAUUUUUUUUUAUUAAACAGAGGUUAGAAACAGAGAGUUGUACAUUGUAAUAUUAGCAUAGUCAGCUAUGCAGUGAGUAAUCAGGCAUUAUAGAGUGAUACAACAAUGGAGUUAUGAGUACACAAAUAAAAUAGUGUAUCCAGCAACACGAGGACAUACAUUAUGUCACAUAUAGAUCCUAGAGGCCUCCAUUUAAAUUAAAGAAAAUAAAAACAUUUCUAGUAAAAUAACUCAAACAUAAUAAACAAUAUAGGAAACGAGGAACAUAAGACUAAUCACUUGCUGUUUGAUGUGUAGUAAUAAGGUAGAAGAAUUUCUACUCAGCCGAUAAGUUAUUAGUAAAUGUCAGUGCUUAUGGUAGUUUUGCAUGAGGACACAUCAUCCAGCAUUCUAAGUUAUGCAAAAAGAAUCUACCUCAAGGUUAAGCAGAAUGUUGUAAUUUAAACUCGGUAUUCGCCAUCAUACCAUUGUAUACGAAAAAUGAAAGGGAAAAAAACGUUGGAGUUAAAUUAAAACGUUGGCAAGACAAACCUCUCCAUAGGGUGUACCACCGGCAGAUAGUGGAUGUGGCUCACAUGACAAAAUCCUACCAGUGGUUGGAAAAGGCAGGAUUGAAAGACAACACUGAGGCACUAAUCCUAGCAGCACAGGAGCACCAGAUCAAUAGAAGUUGGAGUCUACCACACCAAGCAAGACCCAAGGUGCAGACUGUGGAAAGAGGCCUCUGUGACAGUUCAGCACCUAGUAGCCAUAUGCAAGAUGUUAGCAGGAACAGCAUACACGGAGACACACAACCAAGUUGCUGGGAUUGUGUACCAAAACAUCUGCACAGAUUAUGGAUUGGACCUGUUUAAGUCCAGAUGGGAGAUACCACAAAGUGUAGUUGAGAAUGACAGGGCUAAGAUCCUGUGGGACUUUAAGAUCCAGACAGACAAGCAAGCUCUGGCCAACCAACCAGACAUCGUAGUUGUAGACAAGGAACAAAAGACUGCAGUCGUGAUGGACGUGGCAAUAUCCAGUGACUAUAACAUCAGGAAGAAGGAACAUGGGAAGGUGGAAAAAUACCAAGGACUGGAAGAAGAACUAGAAAGGAUGUGGAAAGUGAAGGCAGUAGUAGUCCCAAUUGUGAUAGGAGCACUUGGGGCUGUGACUCCCAAGUUGGGGGAGUGGCUUCAACAGAAUCCAGGUGGGACAUCUGAGAUCGCUGUCCGGAAGAGUGCAGUUCUAGGAACAGCUAAGAUACUGUGCAGAACUCUUUAAACUCCCUGGUCUCUGGUAGAGGACCCGAGAAUGAGGAAUAAACAUACCACCCAGGAGGGCUGAGAAAAUCAUUUUUUUUAUAUAGCGCAUAACUAAAUGAAUAACUAUAUAUUUACUUAACUCCAACAUUAUUUUCCCUUUCAUUUUUGGGAUAAAAUGGUAUGAUGGCGAAUACCGAGUUAUAUACACAUACACACUAGAUGGAAAUAUACAUAAUAAUGGCAAAAAAAAGCCAACAGAGACAGUGCCCCCUAACCCACACAUCGACAUGACAAAUGUUGAUUCACCUGAUACUCAUACAUGCUAUUCAAUUGACUUUGCAAGAUAGAGUCCCCACCAUCCAGAGCAGUCCACUCCACUGGCCCUGGUCCAAAUCCCUCUUGCCACUCCCACUGAUCUGGUUGCUCCUGGCACGGUAAACCAUGACCCAGAGGGUUUAGCAGCAGUGUGGAUUUGAAAAGAUAUGGGAUUUGAGCUAGGAUAAUUUUCUUGGAGGCUCUCAGCCUGAGAAAGUAGUGAUGGGCAAUGGACAGUCCGGGGCCUGGACCAGCACUGAAUGUUCUGUAGUUCCUGCUCCUUUGGCGUGUGUGGUGGGAACUUCCGUAGAGUCACACAAGCUGUGAAAUGCUUAGCGUGUGAUGGGGAGUGUUGUGGCAUGCCACCAUUCUAUCUUUUCCCCUCAAUCUGGCCCUGUCGAUAAUCCAGAUUCUUCCAGAACUUAUGAAAGAUUUCCUCCAGAGGCGUCAUAGCCAUCUAAAAAUGUAUGUUUUCUGUGCCUGGACAUAAUUGAGUUUAGUAUAGUUUCUGACUCAAUUAUCUCUCAGGCAUAGGGGAGGGACUACCCUGUUUUGUGUGGGAGUGUCUUGGACCUGAGAGCCAAUUUAAUUACAGUGUGUACUUUGCCAUAUUCCCCUAUCAGGUCCAGUGGGGAAUGCCCCUGGAAUAUGUUAUGGAAAACCCCUUGCAUGGGGAGUUGCAUAUAAGGCUGCAUGUGGUUCCCAUUAAACCAGUUCCUCUUCACCCUCAACAUAGACCUUGUCUCAUGUGUGGAGGGGACAGCUAUAUUCACUCUGCGGAUUGCUAUACACCUUAUACUCCCUUGGAGUAUAAUCACUAGCUCUUGUAAGAGCUAUCCUGCUAUACUCUCUGGAGUAGGAGAGGUCUACCCACUGGAAACUGGAUCCUGGUCUUGGGUCCAGGGUGGGUGAGGACAGCGAGACCCCAGCCAAGCUGCGGUGGCUAAGAGGUCUACAGUGUUCAUGGCGUCCGGUGCUGUGCUUAUGGUACUUGUUGAGCACUAGGAAGCAGCGGUUGGCGAAGGUAUCCAGUGCGACCGUUCAGUAUGGUUGUUAGGCCCCGCCCCCACCCCUACCACAUGUGAAGUUUAAAACCCCUCUGCUGCCAGAGGUGUAACUCCACCUCCGGCAGCAUCAUUGGAGUGUCAUCAGCCAGCCAGGAAUAUAUUCUGUGCAAUUUUCAUUCUGGCAUCAUAAUCACUACAGCAAUAGUAGUUACAGUGCUUGGAGUAGCCCUUUAAGACAUUGUGCAAAAAAAAAGUGACUAAAAAGGCUUAAAGUGCAGUUUUGAGAUUCCGGUGUUUAUAUGGGAUGUCAGAAUUCAUAAAUGUGUACUAACGCUGAAUUAUUUGCAUAAUCUUUGGUCAAAACGAGAUGCGUCUCAUCAAAGAAGCCAAGAUACACACUGAAAAUAAGUGUUAGCUUGUACAUAUGCUUUAUAAACUAUUACAUACAUAUAUAUGAUACAUGUCAUCUUUUAUUUUAAAUAAUAAUAAAGUGAUAACAGAUUUUUUAAGGUUUAGUUUCUAUAAAUUGUACGUUUCUUGUAAGAAUUUCCAUGAUAGAACAAGAUGAGAAGGAAUGUUGUAGAUACGUGUUAAAGGUCCUUUGCUCCAUUCUAGGAACAUGCGGUAACCAUGCCGUGUACUUGGGUGAUGGCCUGUGCAUAUGCUCCCUCUGGAUGUGCUAUUGCAUGUGGGUAAGUGAUCAGCAGACAAUGCUAUUAUUUAAAUGUAGCCAAAGUAUGAAAACUGGUGAAUGUAUUGGUGACAGUUAUUUAAUAAGCCAAAUUGUUGUCAAUUUAAAAUUAGGUAAAUCUAGUUGAAUUGGAAAACUGCUCCCAUUCGAUAAUUUUGAGAACUUUUACAUUUUAGGUAUAUUAUUAGCAUUUAUAUUGCGCCAACAUUUUCUGCAGUGCAUUUAUAAAAUGGAGUAAUGUAACAAUACGCAUUGACAGACAAAAAAAAACAGAGGUAGAACAACACGUCAUAGUGAUAGGGGGUUCACCAUAAUUCGCUUACACCACCCGAUACAUGGGGUAUCUUAAUAAGAGGGAGCCUGAGAUACCUUUGUGAUAUCUGAAUUGUUUUUCCUGGAAUGUUUGCAAAUUGUACUGAGUGAGUUUCUAAAUAAUCUGAGUAGUGUAUCUUGGUAUAUAAAUUUUUAUCAGUGCCUCCUCUUACUUUACUGGAAAACCAAAGGCAAAGAGAAGUGAUUUCAUUACUAACCAUAUACUGUACUGUACUUUCCAGAGCCAUCAGUCAAUCAAUACUCUCACACAGUACUCAUUAACACUGUAUCCUCUGUACAGGCAGUAUUACUAAAAUUGUGUAACUGACUCUUAAAGGAACACUAUAGCAUUAGGAAUACAAAUAUGUGUUCCUAACACUAUAGAGCCCUAGUCACCUAAACGGUGACUAGAGUCACUGUUCCGCGGCGCAUAAAUGGUUAAUUAACCAUUUAUUUUCUUACCUUAAUCCAGCGUCUGGCUCCCUCGGCACUGGUGACCUCUCCUCCUCUAUCGACGUUAGCUCCUGAGUGGAGCUGAAUGCGCAUGCGCGGACAGAGGCGCGCGCAUUCAAACCCGCCCAAGGGAAAGCAUUACUCAAUGCUUUCCUAUAGGGAUCUUUUUUGACGCUGGAGGUCCGUGAAGAAGUGCCUCUAGUGGCUGUCAGUGAGACAGCCACUAGAGGCUGGAUUAACCCCGCUGUGUAAACAUAGCAGUUUCUCUAACUGCUAUGUUUACAGCUGCAGGGUUAAAACUAGCAGUAACUGGCACCCAGACCACUUCAUUGAGCUGAAGUGGUCUGGGUGCCUAUAGUGUUCCUUUAAUCAAUCAAUACUCUCACACAGUAACACUGUAUCCUCUGUAUAGGCAGUAUUAUUAUUAAAAAAAAUGUGUAAUUGGCUCUUACUAUUGCCAAUCUUUUCUAAAUUCUUAAUAUAGCUGCCAUUUUCAUUUGAUGACAUGUGAAUUGUGAGCGUGUUGUGUUUUAUUGCUUUAUAGUUUCCCUGGAUUUGUGCUGAAUUAAUUCCAGUAUGUCUUUUUUUUUCUUGCGCAGUGGUCUGGACAAUAAGUGCUCGGUGUACCCACUGACAUUUGAUAAGAAUGAAAAUAUGGCGUCAAAAAAGAAAUCUGUAGCAAUGCACACCAACUACCUCUCCGCCUGUAGCUUUACUAACUCAGACAUGCAGGUAAGGACAUUUGUCACGAAUGACAGCCAUACUUUAGAAAACGUUCCCAACACGAUUCCUCAAAGCUAUUGGCAAUGCACAGAGGUCGUUCAGCAGGUCGCCAGCCAGUGUUAAAUAAUUGAUCUGUCCCCUGCAAAUUAUAUAGUAGCAAAAUGUAUUUAGAUUAGUAAAAAAUUGUAGUCUUUGCAUAGAGCAGGCAAAAUCAACAACAUUCAGAAUGAAAUAUGUGUACCUACUUGAAGUAUGCAUCUGAAGUUGUACCCGGAGCAUUGCAUACACUAGUGUGCACCCACAAAGUCAAAAGCAGAGGUGGUGAAAGAUAUGUAACUACAGAUCUUUGUAUUAAAUCUCCAAUAGUACUCUGUCUUAGCUAUAGGUUAGCAAGAAAUUAUUUGGGUUGUAGUUCAAAAACCCAAGGUGAAUGGCAUAGGUUAGCAUGUCCAAACUAGAAUAUAAUCCCACCAGGAGUGGAAUACCAGUAGAUCAUAGUGGACGGACUGUAUAUUUGCUUGCAAUUUGAAUAGCAUAGUGUAUUGAUUAAAGCAAAUAACAGGGGAGAGGAAAAUGGAUUUCAAACUUGACAGAGGUCGUGUGGACACUUCGAAAGUGAUUGGUGGUAUACUGGGGUUCAAGUUGGUUAUGUUAAUCAUUAUUGAUACAGAAUGGCUUGCACAGUUUUAAUGGAAAGAGUCAUUAUAGGAAUAAUCUGCCCCUUUAGACUCAUCCCUUUAUGAAUAAUGUUAUGACAAAUUCGGACUGCCUGAAAAGCAACGUUCCUCUAUUUUGGGACGUUCAGAUUGUAGCAGAGAGCUGGUCUCCCACAGCCUAUUUCCGCUGGUAUCCUAGAAUAGCUCAGGAACAAGUAGUAAAUCCAGUAGAGUAGCAGGCACAUUCAGAAAUAUAAUCCAAGAAUAUCCCAUCACCUUUCCCAAUAACUGGACGACACACAGUAUCAGGAGCAGAACUGAUCUUUAAUCACACAACCCCUGCUUUUAUGCAAUCCUCCCAUGCAAGGGAGACACCCACCAUAAUUAUUACAAUAACCAAUCGGGUACAAGGUACAACCCACACAUCUCCUCCCUCAGAUAAACAUUUAACAUAAUUAAAAAGGUACACAAUUUUCCCCAAGUUCCAGAUGUACCCCAAAUAUAUAAGGUACACCCCUAAAUAUGAUAUCCCCUGAUAGCCCUGAUCUGGGUGAGAAACAUAGUCAAAAAUCACCCAGAUCAGCCCAGGGGUUUGGGAGUUAUGGAGGUGUAAAGUUUUGACCGACCGCAAAGGGCAAUAGUAGCCGAAAACAGUUCCAUGAGUUUUGGCCUUGCGGUCGGUCUCUUUUCUGUGGCUAAAAAUUCCCAAACUCAAUGCCAUCCAGAGCUGUGUUUGCCUUCGGAUGAAUCCCCUUGUUCGUGGGAUUCAAACUAUCGAACGUCAGGCCAGGGACUUUAACAACGAAUUCGUGCUUUUCAAUGGGGAAUUCAAUGAAGCGAACAGGGAGGUUAAUUGAAGUUACACUUAUGCAUCAAGGUGGUCAGGUGUUCGGUAGUUUGUGUUUAUAUGGUUAAUAACGUAUUUCAGUACAGUUUAUGGGAACAAUUAGACGAACGUUUCAAUUCACACGAAAGUCUAUGGGGAAACGAAUGGAAGUGAAAUAUGCUGGACAGCCAGGUGGAUUUUGCUACACAGAUAAUUGUAACAGUGUCAAAAAAAGAAUAGUAAGGGGUCAGCUUCUGAUGGGGGACAAGCUAUGUUGCGCCUUUGUCAAGAGCAUUAGCAACAUAGUGCCGAACCGCGAGCAAGAUGCUGCUGUUAGGCGAUUUCUUUUAUUUUAUGUUUCAUAAGGUUUCUCUAUGUAGCCUAAUUAUCUUCAGCUAGUUUGUUGCAGGUUAGAUAAAGGGAGCUUUAGACAUGGGUGGCAAAUUUCUAAUGGAGAGUGCGGUAGUGUGGUAACAACUUUAUGUGGAGGUUACUACUCAAGCUUAGUGUUACAGGAUUCUACUAGAGAAAUACUCGGCAUAUCUUUGCUCCUUGUGGGGAGACUAUUUUUACUUAGCACCAGUUUGGGCUGUAUGCUGUACCCAGAUAUGUUUUUACACUGAAGCUGCAUUUAAUGGUCUUUGGAUGGCUUUCUAACCCCUACCUCUCAUAUUUUGUCCAUUGGAGUUUUUGGAUCUAUGGGAUAGGAAGGGGCAUUUACUUUUUUGGCUCCUCACUUUCCUACCUUUUCUUCCUCCAAUUUGGGCGAUUACCUAUCCUUUAUACCCUAACUCUUUGCCGUUAUAUUGCUAUCCUCCCUGCUCCCAUACCUGCUCUAGCUGUUUUACUACAAUGGAUACCUUUAAUUAUACUGUAUACCAUUGACUUGUCAUUUGUGGAUACACAUUUGCAAUAGUAGCCCUGUUUCUAUUUAACUAUGAAGGAUAUUUAACAUUGUAAAUUUACAUGGCUACAUGCAACAGCUGCUCCGUAUUUGGAUACUUUCACAGCAGCUUUAGGUGUAACACAACAUACAGUCUACAUAGAAUUAUCCUUUUUUUAAGCCACUCGCACAUUUUUGUAUUACUUUUUUUAUUUAGCGUCACAGUUUAUGAGUUAUCUUACGUACAGUAUUGAAUAAAGAAUGCAUUAUUUACAAUAUGUGUAUUUUUUACCCUCAAUUGAGUUGUUACCUCUUAUGUGGGUAACUCUUUGGCGGUUAUAGAGAGCUGCUAUCUGUGUGCUGUUUGUACCUGGGUUCCAGCUCUCAAUAUACCCGCUCUAAGUAUAUAAUUUUUUCUCUUUGAAUUCAUCCAGGUUAUGCCCAUUCUACCCACUUACUCCAACCCUUGACUUCAGGGCCAGGCUGUCCUGUCCCUCGAGUCAGUUUUUUUCUAAUAACUGCAAUUCCCCUCUACUAACAUGAAUGUCCUGGGGACCCUAAUCAGUGUGUUUAUGUAUUAUGUUUUUAUUUUAUCAUUGUGCCAGGACUGCAGCAAAAACUGUGUUUGGCUAUUGUCUUCUUAAGCGUGGAAAUGGCUACUAUAGUGAGUGAUAUGCAGGUAGUGUGACAAAGUAAAACAAAUUCAAAAAUGUAGAGUAAGGGAGUACGGACAGGGUACUUGAUAAUUAUACAUAGUAUUCUAUAUUGUUUCUUAAUGUGCUAUAAAGCACUAUACAAAAUAUGUUUUGUUUGAUUUGUUUAUGCAAGUUUCUAUGGGUGAAAAUCUUAGUGGACAACAAGUAUUUUUGAAGGUAGAAUUUAAUGGCAAAUCUACGGGGAAUUUCAUUGUCAAUAUUUUAUUGCUGAACAGUUUUUUGAGAGGACCACUAGGAUUACCUCUCCAGUUUUUUGCAAAACUACUGAAAAAGGAUGACAGUGAGCAGGUAUGAUGUUUGAUCAUAUGUUUGUGAAAAAUGCUAAGUGAUAAUUUUCAUUGGGAUUUGUAUGGUUGUAUAGCUGUAAGAAAUUGCCAAACCCUUUUACUCAUAUACAUCUUCCUUCCAUCUCCAACACUAUACAUAUGUUUCUCAAUGAGAAUGAGUGCCCAGUGAGCACUGCAAUAAACACACAAUGUGUAAGGUAGUGGUGGUGUACUAGAGCAUUUAGGUGGUGGUAGUACACAGCUUGCUACUCUCUUAUUUUAGCGUUGAGUCUGGAGUAGCAUUGAUUUUUAUUUUUAUGCAAUAUAAUUUACUGCUAUUCAAAAAUUGUGAAACUAAAUGAUGUUAGUAUGAAGAAAAAUCAGAACUACACCUAUUUAAAAAAAAAAUAAUAAAGAUCAAUGAGUCACAAGAACAUGUCCUUACAAAUAAGAGGACAAGUUCAAUAAGAGAAACACCCUUAGAAUGUCGUCAUAAUAUGUGAUUUUUUUUGUUUGUUUAUGGUGUGCACUCCUAUUUCAAUUUAUGUCCACCGCCAAUAGUUUUUCCGGAGAAAAGUGAUUGCCUAGCCAAUACAGUCUCAAAUGCAGAAAUUCUUCGUUAUUCAAAAUGCAUUGAAAGUAUCCUGUCCUAUGUUUCUGUUUUACAUAAAGAAACAAUAUGUAUGUCCAUCUACGAUCAUUUUUUGCCUGGACAUUCACUAGGAGAAUCUAGAUUUGACUUGGAGAAUUUUUGUGCCGUAAAAAGGAUCAGCAUUACCACCAAUAGCCGCAAUAGCCGCAUCUUAACAUUAUUCAACCCUUUUUUGUUAUAUUGGCAUAGAUUUCGCCUAAAACAGAGGUUCUAAACAGCCAUUUUGCAGACCAAACAUUAUUACAUUAUUUGAUACAUCCUUUAGUGCCUGGUCCUUGAGUUUGGAUCCAAUCUUGGACCUGCAACCCCUCUCUUCUCCAGUGACUCCAGGAGCUAACGUAGCAACCUGGUACCUUAUGGCUACUCACCUAGCAACCUGAGCUUCUUCAGUGAUAUUUCCCAACCACCAGCUAAAAGCUAGAUAACGUUAUGAAUAGCUUUUACAACAUUGUACCCAAACACUAGGCAAGACUGAGUGCAGGGACAAGACAGUAUUGGUUUAUUGUACAACAGGCAGUGCAUUUAUACAGUACAAGAUAUUAUAUAAAGGUGUGACAAGCAUGAAAAAGAAUGUGUGGACCUAGUGGGAGACUGCAGCGACACAGUUGGAACCAAUCAUUAUUGGGAAAAGACACACUGGUUCAAUUAUGUCUGGCCUAGCUGAAAAAAUAGCUAAGUGGAAAAUGGAGCAAGUCUUUAUGUGUGUACUAGGAGGCAACAAAACGAAAGGGGAGCUCUCAGUAGAGGAGAAAAGUUCUUUCAAUGUAAGUACACCACUGGAUUGAGAGAAUUCUAAGCUGCCUAUGGUGUAAAGGACAACCUUUCUGAUCACCAGCUAUCAGACAGAUGCUCUGGAGCAUUAGCGGGUACUUGUGACAUUACCAGCUGAAUUUGGUGCGUCAUGGCUGGGCAGUGCACUCAUGGUAGGCCACACUGACCCGGGUUACUAACUGUAAAACACUUUUAACUCUUUUAGUCCUGCCACGUCAAAUGCAGUACUUCAAAAGUACACAGUGCACCAGUCCCACAUGAUGUUAAUCCUUUGUUGUCCACAUUGUUUUGUGAUCCACAGAGUUUAACUCCUAAAGUCCCAAUGUCUAAUUGGUGGUUUUUACUGUAGUUGGUGAUUAACCUGUUAAAUACACAUGCCUAGAUGUACUGAAUAGUUAAACUUUUUCAGGGUUGGAGUGUGAUUUCUCUCACAAGGGGUCCAUGGUCUCUGGGUAUGAGCAGGGUUCUGGUAUGUUGUCCUUCUCUUGGUUACUGAUAAGCAAAUAUCUUAAACUUGCUGAACCAUGCUGGUUAACAGCAAAGAGGGCGUUAGAAGGAAACAUGUAUAAAAAAAUAAAUAAAAUAAAAAAGAGCAGUGUUGAGACAAUAGAACAGGCCUUGUCUAAUUGAUAAAUCUUGCAUAUAUUUUCUUGACAUGUUUAAAGACACAGAUGUCGCACAUAAUCGAGCAGAAAAUGUUUUUUUCUGAAAAAUGCUUUCAACAGUAGUUUGCAAAUUUAAAAAAAAUAAUUAUGCUAAUGUCAACCUUUUGCUUGAUUUUGUGAAUUAAAUCCAGCUGAUUUAACAAAAACAAAACAAACAUUGAGUGACUACUUAUGGAUCCAGCGGUUCAGUAGAUGAUAUUCCAGCAAGGUUUGCAUUAUAUAUAAUCUGAGUCAUGUUAUAUGUGUGUAUACACCCUUAGAUCCUGACAGCCAGCGGAGAUGGAACAUGUGCACUGUGGGACGUGGAGAGUGGACAGCUGCUGCAGAGUUUCCAUGGCCACGGAGCUGAUGUUCUGUGUCUAGAUCUGGCACCUUCUGAAACAGGAAAUACUUUUGUGUCUGGAGUAAGUCCUGGAACGCUUUCAAUCACAUGACACUGCAUAUGAGUUUAUUAAGAGAUGUGCAAAAUCAGCAGUAAUUGAUUUCCAAAAACAAGAUCACUUUGUGUCUCUUAACUCUUUGGUGUAAACAGGCUUUGCAUUCAAUCACAAGCCUCCCCUGUCAUAAUAAUAGCAGGUAUUAAACAUCUACUCUUUUCUUUGAUAAUGAAAAGAAAGUACAAAAAAAUAAAAACCAUUUAACCAUUAUUUGUAGUGCAGUAGAAACAGGUGUGUAAUCUUUGCAGAACAGAAGGCUUAUGAGUUUAAAAAAAUAUAUAAAUGUUUUGUAUAUACCUACAUCAAAAAAAAAAAUUAGUUCAUGGACAAUUCACUUAUCUAUUUCUUUGAUCUGUUUGUGUCAUAACAUUUGAGCAACAUAAGCUGCUAAACCCAAAUGAUGUAAGAAAUCCUUGUGCUCUAUUUUUCCUCUUCUUUUAACCAUAUACCUUUGUAUGUUUGUCAUUCUAAUUAGGGCUGUGACAAAAAGGCAAUGGUGUGGGACAUGAGAACCGGACAGUGCAUUCAGUCGUUUGAAACUCACGAAUCUGAUAUAAACAGCGUUCGGUCAGUUCUACUUUUUGUUCUAGAUAGAACACAGCAUUUAUGAGUUCAAGUAUUACACAUACACCAACGGCUUUAACUGGUGAAUAUGACCGUUAUUUAUAACAAUUCUGGGGUUCUAAUACAGAGCAAUUACCAUGGAGACUAAUGGAAUGUUAGGGAUGAUUGAUCCAGAAUUAAACCCAGCAGCAAAAUCGUUAAUGGACAGCUCCAUCUGCAUUCAUACUCACUAUGGUGUAAAUAAACCUAUACUUUUCCUGGGUGCUGUAGAAUCUGAAGAAUCAGUAUUGAUAUUUUUAAGUGAAUGUUCAUCUUGUAUACAAGUGUUCUAGAAAUUAUAAGUUAAAUGUUUAUUUUUAUAAUAGUCUUAUUAAAUUGUAAACUCUCUUUGUAGGUGCUUCUUUUGCCUCAAAAGGUACCACCACAUUUUAACACUAAAAUAUAGCAUGAUGUGUUUUUUUUUUUUUUUUGUCACUUGAAAUCUGACACAUAUAUUGUGAAAUAGGAGAAUUUAAAAGUAUAAUUGGUAUUUAUAUUUAUACUCUUUUUAUAGCUCCUGGUCUUAAAGUGCUGCUCUGAUCUCUGAGCUGUGCAAUAAUUUAAAACACAUUAUCAUGUGAUAUUGUGACUCUCUGUAUUGUACUUUUCCAAAAUACUGAUCUGUUAUUGUUCGGCUUUCAUAGGUACUACCCUAGUGGAGAUGCAUUCGCUUCUGGUUCGGAUGAUGCUACGGUAAUAUUUUAUUUUCUUACAUGUACCAUUGUGUAAAUGACAAGUUUUCAUUGUUUUGCAUAUUCGACAUUUCUUCUUCUAAACACAUAUAUGUAUAUGUUCUGUCUAACCUCAGAUAAACACUGCAUGUACAUUUCCUUAAGACUACUGACCUUCCCUAACCUAGUGGAACAUUACACUGUGCAUUGUUUGAGGAGGUUAAAAUGCACCCUAUGUUUCCUACUUCUCCUUUAUUGAGAUAUAAGUGGGGAUUUACAGGAAGGCAAAUUAUUGAGUUCUCUGACCUUUUAUCCAUUCUCAUAUUCUCUGCUUUUGUUUCCUCGUAUACAGCAUCUAUUUUAUGUUGGAGUAAUUAAACUUUUCACUUACUGCAUUAAAACUGCUAAAAUAAUCUGUCCAUGUUACAUACUUUAAACAAACUAUUCAAGGACCAUAAGCACUACUACCCCCACUACUUCCAGAAGUUCCCUGGCGCCGUCCCAUGGUAAGAUGUCAAAUUAUUUUAACACAGUUUGACAACUUAUCUCUUCCACACUGGAUGCAUCCACUGCAUCUUGUCUUCUCUAGGAAAAGAAACCAGAUCCCUCUGUUGGGCAAAACAGAGCUAAUGCAAGGCCAUGCUCAUUGGUUGAGAGUGCUUAGCUGAUGCUUUUAGCCAAUAAACAUGAUUCUGCUGUAAUAUCUAAAGUAAUACGGCUUCUUCUUGGGGAAGAGACCUGAUACAGUGGAUUUGGCGCAUAUGCCUGGAAGGAUCCACAUAAAUUGUAGUAGUUUGAUAGUAUGACCUGCUGAGUUAAUUAUUUGUGAUUUAUUUGCAGUGCCGUAUGUAUGAUCUCCGCGCGGAUAGAGAAGUGGCCAUCUAUUCCAAAGAAAGCAUCAUUUUUGGAGCUUCCAGUGUAGAUUUCUCUCUAAGCGGUAAGAUUUUAUUAACUGUAAUGUGUUUAGCGUCUGUUUUUCAUCCUUUGUAUCAUUUAUUUACAACACUAUGGUAUAUUGUGCUACAUAAUAAAUGGAAAUAAGCACAGAAAAUGCAGAUAAUUGUAUUACACUUCUACAUGUGCAUUAAAGGGUCACUCCAGACCCCUAAAAAAACUUUAGCAGGCUGAAAAGCUUUAUGUGUGAAGAGUGUCCUGUUUUUUCAUUUUGCAAAAAGUGCAGAUCUCAAUUGAAAUUGACACAUUUAUAAAUGAACAUGGUUUAUUUUUGCCUCUUUAUAAAUCACUGGUUACGACCACAUAUUAAAUAUGCUGUGCAAUUUUGGGCACCUGUUUUAAAGAAGGAUAUCAUGGCACUAGAAAAAGUGCAGAGACGAGCUACAAAAUUGAUAAAAGGAAUAGAGCAUUUUAGUUUGGAAGAAAGGUUAAAACAUUUAAAUCUAUUUAGUUUGAAAAAACAGAGCCUCAGAGGGGAUAUGGUAACAUUAUACAAAUAUAUUCAGGGCCAGUACAAACCAUUAUCUGGAAAUCUAUUCAUAAACAGGGCUAUACAUAGGACACGAGUUCACGCAUUUAGGCUGGAAGAAAGGAGAUUUCAUCUAAGGCAAAGAAAAGGUUUUUUUUUUACAGUAAGAACUAUAAGGAUAUGGAAUUCUCUGCCUGAAGAGGUGGUUUUAUCAGAGUCCAUACAGAUGUUUAAACCGCAAUUGGAUAAAUACUUGCAAAAACAUAACACACAGGGAUAUAAUUUCUAAUUAGUGGGGUAAUAGCUGCUUGAUCGCAUGAGAUAUCUGACUGCUAUUUUAGGGUCAAGAAGGAAUUUUUUCCUAGUUUGUUGCAAAAUAGGAAGCGCGUCAGACUAGGCCUUUUGCCUUCUUUUGGAUCAACAGCAACAACAUAUGUGAGGAAGGCUGAACUUGAUGGAUGCAAGUCUCUUUUCAGCCAUGUAACUAUGUAACUAUUCCACAUUAAACAGUAGAAAACAAAAUUGUUCCAAUUCUGUAUCAGUUGAUCUAUUGAGCUGGUUUGAUGUGAGAAUUAGUUUGAUUCUGUUACAAUUUGCAAAUGUUUUUAUUUAUGUUGCUGGAAACAGGCAAUUAAGCCUCCUUUGUAAGCUCGGUCUGCUGUGUUGUUUUGGGGAAUCUUGCUCACUUUGCUUUUCUGGUGUGAGCUCAUAUCCCUGUAAACCUUCCUUUAGUACAGUCAUUGCUGCCUGUCAGCAUUUCUAUAUAAAUCAGAAAAACAGCUCCACCAAUACAACAUUCAGCUGCCAGAACCUUCAUCUGUAGGUGCAGCUUGAACUGAUCUGAUUUUAACUUCCACUUCAACGUCCAGACAAGGAUUCUCUCUGUAUUCCAAUAAGCUUUGAUCAUAUCUAGGAACCCUGUGGAACGCCUUUGAUACGUUGAGAUUUAUUCACUAAACAACUGAUUGUCAUGAAUUGACCAUUGAAUUGCAAGAUUACCAAUCAGUCUUUUAGGAAAAACAAAACUGUUAAACAGUUAAAGUUAAUUGAGAAGUAUCGGUGUAGCGCUCUAUACUAGUGGAUGUGAAAAGAAAACGAAUAAAGGAAAACCUUGCUGUACCUUGAUGAAUAAUAUAUACUAAUGGAUAAUCCAGAGUAGUCAGAUAUACCUUAAAUACAAAACACAAAUAUACAGAACAUAGUGUAACCUGUAUACAAAAUGUAAAUAAAAAUAAAGUGCAUAAGUAACUCACUCACACUUUUCUGAGCUAAUGUACUAGCUCAGGUAUAUGCGCCUUAGGGUCCGUAGAGGCGACCCUUCCCCUCCUUUUCGUCCAAAUAGUCUCCAGGUAUAUAGUCAAACCCUGAGCCAAUGUAUCGGCUCGCUUCAUAAGAUGUAUGUGGUUAAGGACCACAAUCCUUCUUUAUAAUAGCAGGUAAGAAUAAAAGCCGUAAGUGUGAUAAAAAAUAUAUAUAUAAUUUAUUGUAUAAAAAGUAUUACAUAAAUAUAAAAAAAUACACUAUAUCAAUAAAUCAACACUUGUGGCUAUAGUCCAAAAGACAGUAUAGUCUGCUCACUGUUCAUCCAGGACGCGUUUCACCAAAUUGGCUUCCUCAGCUGGAAAAAAUGUGCAUGAGACUCCAAGGACUCCUUCCUGCUUUUAUAUCCAAUUGAUUGGGGAUUGUAGCUUGUAUUUUUCGCGGGCAAUCUCCAUGGUAACGGAGAUGCCCUGUGUUACAAGCCUCUUUUUCGUCCGGUUACUUCCGGGUAUGAUCACUUCCGGUUUCGGCUGAUCUUGCAUUAUGCGUUCCACGGUGCGUUCCACCAUGCGUUCCACCGGGCGGCUGUAAUUCUAAUGUCCCAAGCCAUUUUCAAAAGUAUUUUCCUCAAGCAAAUCGUUGACAGCAAAUCAGAAGGACACAAUAAUAUUGUUAAUAGUCUAAUAGGGGCUGCAUAUGAAAAGGCAUGAAUAUGUAAAUCCCACACAUAUAGUUCUAUAAGAAAAAGUGCAUAUCACAACUUAUGUAGCAUGCAGAUGAAAUAACAUAUAUAUUGUUAACAUAUAUGAAGCCUUAAUUAGUUUAUACAUAAAGAAAGUUGUAAAUGAUAUUAAAAUAUAUUUUAUCAAUGGGUAAAACCAUAUAGAAUAGUGAGGAGAAAGCAAUUCUGUGCACAAAUAUUGGGUCCUUAAAAAACUCUUAUUCCAAUAGAUGCACCCCAUAAAAUUGAAUAAAUAUAUCUUUAUAUAAAUAGGGAGAGGCUUAAAAAUAUAAACUUAUAAAUAAAAAGAGCUACAGGGAGAGUGGUGUCAUGUAGUAACAAUAAAAGAUAAAACAUUGAGAGAUAAAAAAUUAAAAGAUCAAUCCGCUAAAAAAUGGCACAUUUCAAAAUCGGAAUUUAAACCAUUGGGGAUGAGGCUAUUCAGUUUAAAAAUCCAUUCCAUUUCUACUUUGCUCAAUUUUGAGUCAAAGUUGCCUCCUCUCCAAUCUUUAGUAAUCUUAUUAAUUCCUAAAAAUAUUGUACCUUUUAUCUCACAGUUAUGGUGGAUUCUAUAGUGUAAAGACACGCUAUGAUUUUCAAAACCUUUACUAAUGUUUCUACCAUGCUCUUCUAUUCUUAAAUGUAGAGCUCUACAUUUAAGAAUAGAAGAGCAUGGUAGAAACAUUAGUAAAGGUUUUGAAAAUCAUAGCGUGUCUUUACACUAUAGAAUCCACCAUAACUGUGUGAUAAAAGGUACAAUAUUUUUAGGAAUUAAUAAGAUUACUAAAGAUUGGAGAGGAGGCAACUUUGACUCAAAAUUGAGCAAAGUAGAAAUGGAAUGGAUUUUUAAACUGAAUAGCCUCAUCCCCAAUGGUUUAAAUUCCGAUUUUGAAAUGUGCCAUUUUUUAGCGGAUUGAUCUUUUAAUUUUUUAUCUCUCAAUGUUUUAUCUUUUAUUGUUACUACAUGACACCACUCUCCCUGUAGCUCUUUUUAUUUAUAAGUUUAUAUUUUUAAGCCUCUCCCUAUUUAUAUAAAGAUAUAUUUAUUCAAUUUUAUGGGGUGCAUCUAUUGGAAUAAGAGUUUUUUAAGGACCCAAUAUUUGUGCACAGAAUUGCUUUCUCCUCACUAUUCUAUAUGGUUUUACCCAUUGAUAAAAUAUAUUUUAAUAUCAUUUACAACUUUCUUUAUGUAUAAACUAAUUAAGGCUUCAUAUAUGUUAACAAUAUAUAUGUUAUUUCAUCUGCAUGCUACAUAAGUUGUGAUAUGCACUUUUUCUUAUAGAACUAUAUGUGUGGGAUUUACAUAUUCAUGCCUUUUCAUAUGCAGCCCCUAUUAGACUAUUAACAAUAUUAUUGUGUCCUUCUGAUUUGCUGUCAACGAUUUGCUUGAGGAAAAUACUUUUGAAAAUGGCUUGGGACAUUAGAAUUACAGCCGCCCGGUGGAACGCAUGGUGGAACGCACCGUGGAACGCAUAAUGCAAGAUCAGCCGAAACCGGAAGUGAUCAUACCCGGAAGUAACCGGACGAAAAAGAGGCUUGUAACACAGGGCAUCUCCGUUACCAUGGAGAUUGCCCGCGAAAAAUACAAGCUACAAUCCCCAAUCAAUUGGAUAUAAAAGCAGGAAGGAGUCCUUGGAGUCUCAUGCACAUUUUUUCCAGCUGAGGAAGCCAAUUUGGUGAAACGCGUCCUGGAUGAACAGUGAGCAGACUAUACUGUCUUUUGGACUAUAGCCACAAGUGUUGAUUUAUUGAUAUAGUGUAUUUUUUUAUAUUUAUGUAAUACUUUUUAUACAAUAAAUUAUAUAUAUAUUUUUUAUCACACUUACGGCUUUUAUUCUUACCUGCUAUUAUAAAGAAGGAUUGUGGUCCUUAACCACAUACAUCUUAUGAAGCGAGCCGAUACAUUGGCUCAGGGUUUGACUAUAUACCUGGAGACUAUUUGGACGAAAAGGAGGGGAAGGGUCGCCUCUACGGACCCUAAGGCGCAUAUACCUGAGCUAGUACAUUAGCUCAGAAAAGUGUGAGUGAGUUACUUAUGCACUUUAUUUUUAUUUACAUUUUGUAUACAGGUUACACUAUGUUCUGUAUAUUUGUGUUUUGUAUUUAAGGUAUAUCUGACUACUCUGGAUUAUCCAUUAGUAUAUAUUAUUCAUCAAGGUACAGCAAGGUUUUCCUUUAUUCGUUUUCUUUUCACAUCCACUAGUAUAGAGCGCUACACCGAUACUUCUCACUUUUCCACGAUUUUCUUAUAGAAAGAUAAGCACGGUGAUAUAGCAGCUCACAUCAAAUUUGUUCGAUAUAAUUCCAAUCUUAAAUUUUAUACAGAAGCGCUUGUACUUCCCCUUUUUAUAGUUAAAGUUAAUUGUUCAUUAAAUAGAAAUGAAAGAAAUACUAGGACCUUGGUUACAUAUUAUAAUAUUUAUCAUGGUGUAUUUGUUUUGUGUCCUGUUUUGCAUUGAUGAGAGCUCACAUGCAACAUGUACAUGGUAAUUGUGUUAUGUAAUGUAUUAAAGUGGCUUUGCACUCUCCAAACCUCCCUCCCCCUCCAAAAAAAUUAGCAUUUGAUCAAGACAGAAUCUUUAUAAAAACACUCACAUUGACUGUGUUGGAAUUUUGCUGAAAUUCCAACGCAGUUAUAGGAUAUCACGAGACAUAAUAGGGACUUCUUUGUCUUGUGUAUAUUCCAUACACCUGACAAAACUUGAAAAGGAGGCAGAGCUGCCCCCACCAAGUUUUGUCAUUAAAAGGCAUUGACUGUGGAGGGUCUUGUGGGGUCCUCUGUAGACCUUGCACAUGUACAAGAGUUUGACUACAUACAAUGGAGGAGCGCCAUAGUGUGCUGUAGGGGAUAUAGAGCUUGGAGUGUUCAUUUAACUUUAUAAUAUGUUACAGUAAACAAAAUGUGACAUGGUAAGGUAUGUCCCGUAACAUGUAGCUGCAGGUUGACACUGUUCUUAAAAUAAUCAUUGUUAAAAAUGAAAAUACUUUAAGGUGACAAUUGAGGCAAUGCAAAUCCUUUAAUUUAUCCGAUAUUCACUGUAUUUAUACAUGCAGAAAGAUGUUUGUGUAGGUCUGUGAACCAUGGUGUACAUAUUAUGUGAACAUUACACAAUGUUGUUUGAUGCCAAGGUUUACCAAUCGCUUGGUAUGUAUUGUUCUCAGUGACUCAUACGUGUUGUUUCCAGAUUCUUACGUCAUUCAUAUUGGGGAUUAUUUUUUUUUAUUUCUGAUAAGAAAUCAAAGUUCUGAUAAGUGUAUUUACGGGCAAUCUGUAUGUCAGGAUUGGUAAUAUUACAGCUAGCUACAAGCUAUGAUCAAUCAUUUUACUCUAUAAUCUGUUUGCACCAAUCCUUUUUUUGAUAGCAGAGAUAUUUAGCAGUAUUGUAGUGCAACAAUUUUCAGGUCUAACCUUUUACAUGCCUGGAUUGUGCACAACAAUCUUCCUGGCACUCGAAUGGUAUAAUAAAUAUUGUAUCCCUAGUUAUUGCAAUUUCUUUAGAUACAGGUGUGUGGUGUAACAUGUGAAGAAAGAACCUCAUUUUUUAUAUCUGGCUCUUCUAUAUGUAAAUGAAUGUAUAUAUUUAUUUUUAAUGUAUUUAUAUUGUACAUAUUUUAUAUUAAUUUUUUAUGCAUUAUGCUUAUCUGGAUAUUCUUAGUUCAACAUCUAACAUAGUAUGUCUGUUUACUUUAGGUCGGUUACUCUUUGCUGGAUAUAAUGACUAUACAAUUAAUGUCUGGGAUGUCCUUAAGGGGACCAGAGUGUCUAUCUUGUUUGGCCAUGAAAACAGAGUCAGUACACUACGUGUAUCUCCUGAUGGGACAGCGUUCUGCUCCGGCUCAUGGGAUCACACACUAAGAGUAAGUACACCAUUCAGUUUCUUUUUAAUUCUAUCAUCCUGUGAGCCACACAUUCCAUUUUUUUUAAUUGUUUUCUAAGCAAUGAACAUUAAAAUUACCAGCUAUUGUUUUGUUCAAUAUUUUUGAGACUUUGGAGGAUUUCAUUUUUUAAAGGGACCCUGCAGGCAAAUAAAAUUGCUUCGGCCACCAUUAAUGCACCUUGGUACUGCCAAGUUAUUCAUGUGUCUGCCUCUACAUUAAUCAUCUCCCAGACAUUAUACAGUUCUUUCCCAAUUAAAUAUUUAAAAGCUGUAAGAUUUGAGUUGAUACUGAAGGUAAAAAUCUCAACAACAUGCUUGUUUAGACUUGAAAUGCACUUUAUAACUUGUAUAAUGCUAAGUACAAAUAUAGACAAAUUAGCGUGGGUGUCUAUUACAUGUCAUUUGUACUUAUCAAAGUGCUUAUCAAAGUGCUUUUAACCCAGUCUGGAUUUAGUCCUGCACAAAUCUUUGCCAAUGAUGCCUUUUCAUGGUGUCAUUAAAAUAUGGACAUGGGAGAUCUCAUGCUCAGGGCCGUACUGGCCCACCGGGAUACCGGGAAAUUUCCCGGUGGGCCGUCGGCACCUGGGGCCGUCAGAGAGCUGGGGGAGCUGGCUGUUCCCGGCUGCCGCAGGGGGGAGCUGGCUGAUCCCGGCGGCCGCAGGGGGGAGCUGGCUGUGCUGGCUCUGCUCCCCGCCUGCGCGCGCUACUUAAUGAGACCGGGGCCGGAAUAAAUCCGGUCUCAUUAAGCUGUGCGCUGGGGAGCAGUGCGCAGGAACAGCCAGCUCCCCCCUGCAGCCGCCGGAACAGCCAGCUCCUCCCUGCGGCCGCCGGAACAGCCAGGAGCCAGCUUGCCCUGCGGCCACCAGCACACUUGACCCAGCUAUCUGACCUGUAAGACUCCUGUCCGGUCGCACACAGGUAGCUAUAUUAUGUCUGUCUGUGUGAUGGUGUGUGUGUGUGUCUGUCUGUCUGUGUUAAGGUGUAUGUGUCUGUGUCAUGGUGUGUGUCUGGCAAGGUGUGUGUAUGUGUGUCUGUCAUGAUAUGUGUGUCUGUCAAGGUGUGUGUGUGUGUGUUUUUACUCACCUUUUUUUUUUUUUUACCCACGCCGUGCGCGGGGCUGGCAUAGAUUUUUUUUCCAGUGCUGCUUUGUAGCCCCAGUCCGGCCCUGCUCAUGCUUGGCCUAUGAAGCAUAUUUUAGGUUAAUGCACUCUGUAUAACGUGGCUGAUGGAUCCAUAUUAUAAUAAGAGCUUAAAUGUCAUGUUUAGGAGCAGGGCACAAAGAACACUGAUUCUUAAGAGGAUUAAAGGAAAACAAUCUGCAGCUGUUGUGUAAUAAACAUCUGAAAUGUAUAUAUUAAACCUAUUGCAUACCAAAUGUGGGGGGGGGAAGGGAAGGGAAGGGAAGGGAGAGAGAGAAAAAAACAAACAAACAAAAAAACCGAAUGAGACGAUAUACAGUGAGGGGAAAAAGUAUUUGAUCCCCUGCUGAUUUUGAACGUUUGUCCACUGACAAAGAAAUUAUCAGUCUAUAAUUUUAAUGGUAGGUGUAUUUCAAAACCCUUGUUGCCAAUCACAGAGGUCAGACGUUUCUUGUAGUUGGCCACCAGGUUUGCACACAUCUCAGGAGGGAUUUUGUCCCACUCCUCUUUGCAGAUCCUCUACAAGUCAUUAAGAUUUCAAGGCUGAGUUUGGCAACUCGAACCUUCAGCUCCCUCCACAGAUUUUCUAUUGGAUUAAGGUCUGAAGACUGGCUAGGCCACUACAGGACCUUAAUGUGCUUCUUCUUGAGCCACUCCUUUGUUGCCUUGGCUGUGUGUUUUGGGUCAUUGUCAUGCUGGAAUACCCAUCCAUGAUCCAUUUUCAAUGUCUUGGCUAAGGGAAGGAGGUUCUCACCCAAGAUAUGAUGGUACAUGGCCCCGUCUAUCGUCCCUUUGAUAUGGUGCAGUUGUCCUGUCCCCUUAGCAGAAAAAAACCACAAAGCAUGAUGUUUCCUCCUCUAUGCUUGAUGGUGGAGAUGGUGUUCUUAGGGUUAUAGGCAGCAUUCCUCCUCCUCCAAACAUGGUGAGUUGAGUUGAUGCCAAAGAGCUCGAUUUUGGUCUCAUCUGAUCACAACACUUUCACCCAGUUCUCCUCUGAAUCAUUCAGAUGUUCAUUGGAAAACUUCAGACGGGCCUGUACAUGUGCUUUCUUGAGCAGGGGGACCAUGCGGGCGCUGCAGGAUUUCAGUCCUUCACAGCAUAGUGUGUUGCCAAUUGUUUUCUUGGUGACUAUAAUACCAGCUGCCUUGAGAUCAUCAACAAUGUAGUUCUGGGCUGAUUCCUCACCAUUCUCAUGAUCAUUGAAACUCCACGAUAUGAGAUCUUGCAUGGAGUACCAGACCGAGGUAGACGGACAGUUAUUUUGUGUUUCUUUUAUUUGUGAAUAAUCGCACCAACUUUUGUCACCUUCUCACCAAGCUACUUGGUGGUGGUCUUGUAGCCCAUUCCAGCCUUGUGUAGGUCCCUGACAUCCUUGGACAGCUCUUUGGUCUUGGCCAUGGUGGAGAGUUUGGAAUCUGAUUUACUGCUUCUGUGGACAGGUGGCUUUUAUACAGGGAACGAGCUGAGAUUAGGAGCACUCCCUUUAAGAGAGUGCUCCUAAUCUCAUCUUGUAACUGUAUAAAGACACCUGGGAGCCAGAAAUAUUGCUGAUUGAUAGGGGAUCAAAUACUUAUUUCACUCAUUGACAUUCAAAUCAAUUUAUAACUUUUUUGACAUGAGUUUUUAUGGAUUUUUGUUUGCUAUUCUGUCUCUUACUGUUAAAGUACACCUACCAUUAAAAUUAUAGACUGAUCAUUUCUUUGUCAGUGGACAAAUGUUCAAAAUCAAAAGGGGAUCAAAUACUUUUUUUCCUCACUGUAGAUAUUUUUUUCCAAGUAUUUUUAUUUAAGUUUUAAAUGUUUUUAACAAAUUGCAAUUGUAAAAUAUUACUAUAAUAAAGUAAUGAAAAACUGACUUUUUUUUUAUUACAACUUGAAUAACAAAAUAAAAAACAAGACAGAAAAAAAGGAAGGGGGGGGGGGGUCAGGAAGGUAAAUAUAUUAUGAUAAACAUGACUCUUAUAGUCAGUUAUAUUAUUGCCAAAACAAAUCACUCCAGACAUACAAUUAUACAAUUUCUAAUAAAAAUGUCACAAUGUUUAACCAUAUAUAAAGUUAAACCCAGAAUAUGUACACAAUACAUAAGGGAACAUUAACUAAACAUGGGCAGGACAGGACUGUACAUGGACUGGGAAUACAAACUAAAACAAGACAAGAUAUAAUAGGCAAAACAAGAGGAGACAUAACUAAGUACUAUAUAUGAAAAUCAUGGGGAUUUAGUCACAUUAUAUGAUCAUACAUUGCAUAAGCCUGCCACAACGCCAAUGUACCCCAUAUUCGGCAGGUCCUACACUGCCUAAUGUUCGCUAAAAGAACCAUACUAAACCACAACAGCACUUGCAAGAAAGGGCAGAGACUUGAAUCACUGCUGCAGGUCCAGACUGAAACAAAUGGGUGUGGCAACAUAAAACAAACAUAUAAAUGAAAGCUGGACACUGGGAAUUCCAGGGACGGAAUAAUGGAAUGAACCCAGAAAAACCCAGCAUAAAGAAAACCAGACAUAGAAUAGAAAACCAAAAAAACAAGAAAAGCUAAACAAGAAUUGUAAAAAGAGUACUGGAUACCAGAAACCAAAGCCAGACAUCUCCGCAGAACAUGGCAUGAUGUGACAAUGAGAUGUCAAGAAGUGCCUCUAAUGAAUGUAGAUGUGGCAUAUUAUUCUGUAUGAAGUGCUUAAAGUUCUUGCUGGGUGUAGGAGGUGCAUUAAUCAGAGGCCUGGUAACUUGUCACAACUUUAACAUAAGAACAAUUUUAUUUGAAGUGCCAGAAUUAAUUCUAACCAGAUAUAUUUUUGUUAUAUUCACAGGUCUGGGCAUGAUCCAGUGGCACCUGCUUUUGUGAUACAGAUCUCAAUGAACCCAUGAUCAAACAGGACAACUGAUGAAGCAUGUCUACAUCAUAAACCAGUUUGCAGCUUUUUAAAUACUGCAGUCAUACAGUACAUAUCUAUCCAUAAUCUAAUACUGGUAUUGACCUAAGCAUAGGUCCCUUAGAGGCACCUAGAUCCCAACUAAAAAGCACAUUCCCCGGCACUAUUCAAAGGAAGGAUGUAAAGAUAUUUAUAAAUUCACAGGGUUCAAAAGGGCAGGUAUUUCUAUGUUUUAGACGUGUGCAGCAUGAGACCAUGAUUGCAUGUGUCUUAUCCUAGAUCAGGACCUAGUUAAUGUGCAGGUACUAUGGGCAAAAACUCUCUUAUUAUAUCCCAUUGUGAAGCCAUCUUCACACUUCACAGAAAAUUAGUCUGAAUCACACAUAGUAUUCAGAUAAGUACAAUAACAUUUGUUUACUAAAAAAGUGUACAUUUAUCUAUCUGAGAUAUUUUGUGAAUAAAAGGAACACUCUAGGAACCACAACCACUUUAUAUUAUUAAAGUGGUUAAGGUGCCUUGUAUUCCCUGCUGUUUUCAAUAGGUCUUUAGUGUCCCAGGUGUCCAUGGCUCUGCCUCUUGCUUUAGGGUAAUGUGGAGGCUACUCUGCAUUAGCCUCAAAACCUUAUACUAGCAGUGGGUGUCAUGGAUAGGAUGAGGGUACUUGGCAGAAGCUUUAAGGUUAUCAUUGCACUGGUUAAUGCCUUAGUCCUGCGGUUACCUGCAAACCCUACUUCAGCGUUCAACCACAUUUUAAGUACGUAAUUCAGUGUGAGUUUUUUUUGUUUGUUUUUUUUAAUAAUAUUUAGUUCUAAAUAACAUUUAGUUUUGCUUCAUGAGCCCACCUGCUCUGCUUCUUCCUCCAAACCAGUAGUGUUUCUUUUUAUGAUCCAGUAUUGCAGCUAUUCACAAUGUCACCAUCUAGGUGAGUGGCAGCUGCAGGUGAUGGCAGAUGCUAACAUAGUGAUCUAUACAAUAGAUAUCUGACAGCUGAACUACCAAUCCAUGAGACGUGCUGUACCCAUAGAACACUGCUGUUCAGAGGUUUAUGGCAUAAGAUCAGCACUGAUAUAUAAAGUUAAAGGGACACCCCAGGCACCCAGACCACUCCAAUUGCCAACUCUCACUACCCUUAACCUUGCAAGUGUAAUUAUUGCAGUUUUUUUAUGAACUGCAAUAAUUACCUUGCAGGGUUAACUCCACCUCGACAGCCACUAGAGGGCACUUCCUGGUCCAUAGCACAGAAAACCUGUGCUAGAGCGUCGCUGGACGUCCUCACGCUGUGUGAAGAACUCCAGCGUCGCUCAAUUCCCCAUAGGAAAGCAUUGAAAAGCAUUUUCAAUGCUUUCCAAUGGAGAGCUCUAAUGCUCAUUGCCGCGCAUGCGCAUUAGGUCUCCACGGCCGGCGGGCAGGAUCAGUCUCACCCACCGAGACAUGUAGAGGAGGAGCGGCGGCAAGCAGAAAUGACCGCCGAGGGACAUUGGCGGGGGUCUCAGGUAAGUGACUGAAGGGGUUUUCACCCCUUCAGCAACCGGGGAUUGGAAGGUGGGAGGGAGAGGGAACCUGCAGUGCCAGGAAAACUGAUUGCUUUCCUGGCACUGGAGAGUCCCUUUAAAUGGCUAUCAUGAUUAACUUCCUAGUUUGAUAAGAACUUAUUGCAGAAGAUUCAAAGCCAACUGUGAGUAGUUUUAGUAUUUUAACUUAUCGGUUUUAUGUACAUUUUUUAUGUUAUCUAUAUAUACUUUGCCCUAGAGUAAGUCAGUUGUAGGCUCAUCUCAAAUAAUAUUUUAGUUUAUAAACCUUCAGAAAGUACAGGUUUUUUCUCAUGUUUUAAUGACUCCAUCUAAUUGUAGUAAAAGUAAUUGUAUGAAAGCAGUAGAGCAGAUCACGUGGUUCCCCCUGUAAUUUCCACUGUUUUUUCAGUGGGAGUUAAAAAGUGAAACUGAUUGUUUUAUAGGGAACUUUGUGUGUAUUGUUAUUUUAUUCACAUACCACUACCAAGCAUACAAUAACUAUUGUGAUACUAAAUGGACACGUAUUUGAGUUUGAUGUGAAUUGACAACUGACAUGCAAAUGUAUUUUCAAAUAUCUUUGUUGUAAAAAUACUCCAGCUAGUGAUUUAGAGAUUUUCUGUAACUAAUAUACUAAAUUUUGCAUGUUUAGAUGUCAACACACUAUUUAGUGUCAACUGUUAUGAACUCCUUCAUGUAGAGGAAGAAAGGGUAAAAUCCCUCUGCACACAGGACUUUCUCUCUGUACUUUAUUUGAAAAUGGGGAAAACAUAUAUUAAGCAGAAGUAAAGUCGUACUCCUGGCUUUUUAACAAGAGUAUCUGCUACUUGCAGCCAGUACCAAAAUGAAAACAUAUUUUACAGAACCUAGUCUAAUGAAAUUAUAAGCAAGCUAAACUGGAACUUAAAUGACCCACUCCAACCACUAUAACCAUUACAACUCACUGUAGUGCUUAUGGUGUGCCCUGGCACAGCUCCCUCCCCAUUGUAAGCUGUCAAACCGCUUUGAAUGAUUGGACAUCUGACCUGGGGUCCGCUGGGCACUACUAGUGCCAGACAGCUGAAAGCUAUUGAGCAGGAACAUCAGUUAGAUCUACGAAGCUGAGCCCUGUAAUACAUGUUUUAACUCAUUGGCUGAGAGUGUCAGGUGAUCAUUUAUGUUUAGGAGCACCUGACUCUCUGGCAUUAAUAGUGGAGGCCUACUUAGAAUGGUGGGGUUUCAGGGAACCACUUGCACCAUAACCACUUCAGCAAACUUUACUUGCCUUUCUCUUUCAAUACCAGAUGGAUGUAUAUAAUGCUUGUCAAGACAUCGAACGGUAUAAAACAUCAUAGCCGUUCCAGACACCUUUUAUCUAAGAUACUGAAAGCAAACUACAGGGGGCUGUAGUUUGCAAUAACAAUAAUUGUAAAGUGGUGAGCUCCAUAGACAGCGAUAUGUGUUCGUUCAUGACCUAAAAACAUACAGUAAAAACAGCAAUCAAGGACAACAUCAUAAUACAAACGUGUUGUAAUAGAAUGAAGCUGCUUCUGCAGCCUUAUAUAAACACAACUAGCUCAUCCCCCUAAGUAUUUGAUUAUUGCUACUCCAUUCAUUACAGUGACAACAAACUUUACAAUGAUGAUAGACAUAUUUUUAGUUCAACUUAUAUAUGGACAAAGCUUUAAAUUCCAAACAUGACUAGAAUAUUUGUUUUAUUUAUUAUUGCAGUAAGUAUACAGGGCAGGGAUGAGGAGUGUUUGUUUUUAAAGGCCAACAGGAUUUCAGACAGAACCUAGCAUGUUUCUUUGUUUUAUAUAAAUAUAUAUGUGUGUGUGUGUGUGUGUAUAUAUAU